AGUGAUUGUCCUGCAUUUAGCUCACACGUCUGAAACAGACAAAGAUUUCCGUGAUGGCUUCUGCUAGCCUUUCCUUCAUCUGUGAGUAGUGAAUUAUUCUUAUUGUCAUUAUUAUUAGUAUGUACAUAGCACCAUCAGUUUUUACAAUGCUUAGCAAUUAUAGAAUGAGGAUAUUUCAUAAUAAGUAACUGAGUAACAAAAAUUAUUUGACAGAUACAAGAACUGAACAAUUGUGCUACAGCAUUUAAUACAGUGAAACAAUUAUCUGCUUACCCUAUAAAACAAGCUGGAAUAGGUAGGGGAUAGAUAAUAAUUUGGUAGUGCUUUGUCAACGUGCUUAUUUAGUUAUCAUCAUGGGUGACUUUAAUCUUCCUGAUAUGAAAUGGAAAACCAAAAGAGCUGCUUGUGCCAGGUGUCAGGGUUCUUACCUGAGAUGGGAGUCUGUAGCGCAGAUAUGUUUGCUCACCUUUGCAGAUAGACACAGUCCAAGGUGAACAGAUAAGAAGCCACCUGGACUGUGAUUUUGUGCAUGGGGGCUGUGCAGGAAAGGUGAUUCCAAUGCAGUACCGACAAGGACACAAACAGCAGGAUAGCCAAGGGAUAGCUGAAGUCAAAGGAUGCCAGGGGUCAGGAUUAAAGAAGUGUAGCCAAAGUCAAGGGAUGCCAGAGAUCAGGAUAAACGAAGACAGAAGCCAGGGUCAAUUUGGAGUAUAAGUUCAAGAGACUGGAACACAGGAACUGAACACAUACAACAGGAUCAACACAUUAUCACCAGAAUUAAAGAACUUACAAAGUUCCCAGGGCAAAGCAGUGUUUAAAUACCCGGUUGGUAAUCAAUCUGCCUCAGGUGAAGCACAGGUAUCAGCCACAGAUGGAGUCCAGACCCCUAGUGCUGCAGACAAAGCCAGGAAUAACAAAGAUAGAACAUAUUAAAACAGUGACUGAGUCACACCACACAAAAACAAAAGUUUUAAACUUUAGAAAAACAGACUUUUCUAAAAGUAGAAUAUGUGCAAAGGAGUCAUUAUCAGAAUUAAGUGGUUUAAAUAGAGUCCAGCAGAAAUGGGAAUAUUAAAAAGAUGCACUACUGAAGGCAACAGAAAAUUGCAUUAGGAUUGUCAGUAUGAGCAACAAAUUGAAGAAACCAUUGUGGUACUCCGCAGAAGUGGCCAAAAUAGUUAAAAAAAUAUAAAUGUUUUUUAUUUUUAUUUAGUAAUUUAAAAAAACAAAGUGACGAAGAUAGACAGAGCUAUAAGAUUAGGCAGAAAGAGGCAAAGCAAGUUAUAUGAGCUUCCAAACCAUACACAGGAGAGAAAAUAAGUAGUCAGUAAAAAUAGGGGAUAAAGCAUUUUUUAAGAACAAAAUAAGGAAGAUCUGUAGAAGAGGAUAAAGGUCUAGCUGCCUGCCUCAAUUAAUAUUUUUGUUCAGUAUUUACAGAUGAAAAUUAAGGAAAGGAGUCUCCGUUAGGAAAAAAGGCAAAUUAGCCAUUUGUCACAUAUACAUUUACAGAGGAGGAGGUUCUAUUUCAGAGGUCUAAAGUAAAUACAAAUAAGUGUAUGGGGCCUGAUGGGAUACACCCAAAGUUAUUAAAAGCAAAACCAUUAACAGAUUAAUUUAACCAUUCAUUGUUAACAGGAGUAGUCCCAGAAGAUUGGAAACUAGCAAAUGUUGUGCCAAUUCACAAGAAAGAUUGUAGGGAGGAGUCUGACAACUUUGGGCCAGUUAGACAAUUUCUUUCCUCCCUUAUUCCCCCUUCUUCUAAAUCUCUGAAUCUCUUUCUUUGUAGGUUCAGAGUUCUCAAAGGAAGCUCUCUCCAUUUCUGUCCUAAAAAAGGAAAGUUAAUAUUUGUAUUGUCCUCCAAAUUUCUUAAAGGGACACUCCAGGCACCCAGACCACUUAUGCCCAUUGAAGUGGUCUGGGUGCCAACUCCCACUAAAUUAUUGCAGUUUUCAUAAACUGCAAUAAUAUCAUUGCAGGGUUAACUCCUCCUCUAGUGGCUGUCUACCAGACAGCCACUAGAGGGCACUUCCUGGUUUCUAGCACAGGUUUUCUGUGCUAGAGUGUUGCUGACGUCCUCACGCGUAGCUCAAUUCCCCAUAGGAAAGCAUUUUUACUUCAAUCCAUUCCUGUGUUUGAUUAUUUUCUAUCAUGGGUUUUCUUAUUGGUUUAUCCAUAGUGGCUCUUUUGUAAUUUCCCUCAAAGUUUCUCUCAAGGUUUCUUUCGUAAUUUUGUCUAUAGUUAGUCCUUUUCUGUUUAUUUUUAUAAAAUUUAGGUCUUUUCCCAACAUUGUUGGUUGCAAUUGUUAAUAUCUCUUUCAUAUUUUCUCUUUUUUUGACUAAUGAUUGAUUCUCUUAGUAAGCCAGUAAUGGGUUCAAAAUCCUCCGUCCCAAUAAAAGUUUCUAAUUUGCUCCGUAUCUCAUUAAUAAUUUUAUCAAUUUCCUCCAAAUUUAUUACUCUCUGUUUAGUAAUUUACAUUAUUUUCAUCAUUUUUACGGUAAAGGAUUCAAGAGCCUCUUCACAAAUUUUAAUAAAAUGUUUAUCUUCACGAUCAAAAGGUAGGAUAUUUAGUAAAUCUUAGACCUCGUAGGGUAAAUGGUCCUUAAGGUACUUUUUCAUAGUAAAAAAGAGUGUGAAGAAGCCUUGGACAGCCGAAACACAUUAAAUACAACAUGAAAGCAUACCUAAUAUUGUUUUUAGGACUAAUAAAUAGUCCAUUUUAUUAUAUUUUACUUAUUUAUUUUCUACUUCCUGGCACCAUCAUAUCCUUAGGUGGGGAUUAUACCACCGAUGCUAUAUACACUAGAGCAAGUUUUGCUCUAGUAAAUGUAAAUACAUGACUUGAUUUUUCUUUUACACUUAACAGUACUUACUUCACCAUUGUAGUAUCUUUCUGUAUUUUUCUAUACAUGUCCAUCAUACUUCAUCCUAUUUGAGACGACAAAGACAUCGACACCUACACAUAUCCUUAGACGGGGAUUAUUCCGUCCACAUGCAUUACGGCAGAGCUCUAAGUUAGCUCUAGCAAAUGUGAGAUUAUCGCACUACUCUUCACCAACUGUACUGUACUGUACUAUUGUAUAAUUUUUUUGAGGUCAACUGUGUGUACAAUUACCAAAAGAAUUGUGUACAUAUAUUUAUAUAUAUUUUUUUUAUAUACUAUUUGGGACGCGGUCUCCUACCAUCUCUCUGUUCCACAUCCCAUUACUCACAAGGUCUGGGAAUUCUUGUACUGGUUACUGCAGCCCAAAGCUAUCCAUUUUUUUUUAUAUAGUGAGCGCCUGUUAUUUUUGUUUUCAUAUCUUAGCCAAAGAAUCAGAAAAAAAAAGAUAUUGAAACCCACAUGUUUAGGGAGCAACCUUUGGGGGCCAAUGUGUGGUUCUUUGACCUCAGAUCUCUACAGUUGGUGAAGGGACAGGAGGAUAUUUGUGCUCUUUUAUUUUCAUAUCAUUCAACUGCUUCUCAAAGCACUUGCCUAUUAAAACAAUAAAGACCAGUAGUGUUGGUGUUCUUCCAAGCUACUAAGACAAGGAGAUGCUGUAGACCAGGUGACUGUCGGGAAAUGGCUCUGGAGAACAUAAUUAUGAAGCACACCCCUCUUUUAGUUAUGUAACAUGGUAGGAUCGCUUUGAGUAGCCGGAUGUGAAGCAUGUGCAGGUCUCUGGCUAUGCUUUCUUUGAGAUUGUGGAGAAUAUCAGCUGCACGCUCUUCAUGGAUAGCGGAGGGGACAUAACAUAGAAAGGCAUGGACAUGUCAUGGCAAAUCUCUAUUAGCGUAAGAUGUCAUUUUUGGUUUUGGUUAUAGCCCCAGUUGUUUCAAGAACCCAACAACAAUUCUGCCAAAACCACAGUUCCCAGUUUUACAGUAGAGUGUGAGUACCAUAUUUACCUGUAUCCAGGAAAAAAGUAACAUUAUAUAUAACAACCAGCAUGCACAUGUUCCGUUGCUGGCCACGAAAUGUUACCAUUGAAAACCUAAACUUCCAAGUAUAAAUACAAAAUGAAAGCAUAGCAAAUACAUAUAUGUUUUUGGAAUGUUAAAGGAAUACAUACCAUAGUCAUUAAAUCCUCAUCAGUCAUCGCAUUCCUCAAUGAAGAGUCAUGCUGCACUUGAAUGGGGACACCGGACAGUCCACCUUUUUACACCUUUUUUAAGCCCUCCUCCUUCUUCACUUUCUUCUUUAUCAACUUCCCCCCUCUCUUUUAUCUCUUUUCUUUUGCUCAUUUAAUUUUUACAGCUCCCAAACUCUCUUCCUUUUCCUUUCUUCAGGAUCUUCAGCCCUCCUCCUGCUCCUCGCAUGGCACGAUAGCAAACACACACACACAGACAGCAAUAUCAGACACACACACACAUACAUGCAAAUCAAGUCGAAUCUCUACUCAAUAAUAUACAGUGCAAUAAUAUUACAGGUAUGCCCAAGGAAGCACAGAAAGACUACAGUACAGUCUAACCUGUUUUUUUAGACUUACCUUUAUCUUCAGGAACUGUGUUCCUGCUCCUCUUCUCUCUUCUUGUCUACUUCUGGGAAAAAAUUCCUCUUCUUCUCUUCUUUUCUGUGCUCCAAAGCACACUCCUCAGUCCGGAUCUGCAGAACACUGACACAAAAUGGUGGUGAAACAAAAUAGUGGCACACCUGGGCGAAAGUUCAUAAAGGUGGAAGUUCAUAAAGUGGGACUUCAUAAAGAGGGAAAUGCCUGUAUAAUAGAACAUUUAUUCAUACUUACCGUAAUUUUCUUUUCCUGGUCAUAGGCCAUGGCAGCACAACAUUGGGUAGCUCCUCCCUAUCCUCAUUGGACAGGAAGAAUAAUUAAGCCGUAUAAGUACCACCUCCUAUCCCUCCUUCCCCAGUCAUGUUUUACAGCAAUAGCCCAGGUGGGACCCUUGUGCUGCCAUGGCCUAUGACCAGGAAAAGAAAAUUACGGUAAGUAUGAAUAAAUUUUCGAUUUUCCUGGCCAUAUCCAUGGCAGCACAACAUUAGGGAGGGAGGGAAGAAAAACACAGACUCGAAAAUUUUGAAUGCAAAGUGUAUUAACACCAUUAACCAGUGAUAAACAAUGAAUCAUGUAUUGGAUACAGACAGAACAGAUUUAGCAAACUGAUCUGAUAGACCUGCUCUGACAUCAAUUUGAUAACUCCUAAUAAAGGUAUUGGUGGAAGACCAUGUGGCCGCCUUACAAAUGAGCUCAGGAGAGACAUUAGCCGCUGCUGCCCAAGAAGAUGAGAGGGCCCUAGUGGAAUGGGCUUUAAGACCCACAGCGACCGGAUAUCCAGAAGAAUGAUAGGCCUGUAUAAUGGCUGCCACUAUCCAUCUGCUAAUGGUAGAUUUAGGGGCUUGUAAGCCUUUCUUACUACCACUGUGAAGGACCAAGAGGCUUUGAGAAAUGCGCCAAGCAGCCAUCCUUUCAAUAUAUAUCCGAAGGCAUCUCACUAGGUCCAGAGAUGAUAGGUCAGCUGAACUCUCGCUUUCUUGGUAUUCAGGCAUCAGAGAUGGGAGAACAAUAUCUUUGUUAAUGUGAAAGGCAGAGGUGACUUUAGGUCUAAAUUCAGGAACAGUAUGGAGGAUAACUCUGUCCUUAUGAAAGACCGUAAAAGGUUCCUUACUGGAUAUGGCGUGGAGCUCCGAAACUCUCCUGCCGGAAGCUAGGGUGAUCAGUAAAGGUGUCUUGAUAGACAGAACCUGUAGAGGAACUGAUUCAAGGGGUUCAAAAGGUUCUAAUUUUAAGGCGUUCAGAACCAAAGGGAGAUUCCAGGAGGGAACAAAUGGCUUAAUUGGAGGUUUAAUUUUAAGGACUCCUUUAAGGAAUCUAAUAAAGUCUGAAUCCAAUGCCCAUCUAUGAUUGGUUAAAGCGGACAAAGCUGAGACAUGUACUUUUAGAGUAUUAUAACUCAGACCUUUAGAAAGUCCAGACUGUAGGGACUCCAAAAUAUCCGUGGAAGAGGGAUUCUGUAGAUCAAUGUUUUUAGGAAGAGCCCAGGUGGAAAAAACUUCCCACACUCUAUAAAAGGUGGCUGAAGUAGAAUGCUUACGUGCCUUCAGCAUAGUUUCUAUUACGGCCUGGAAGAAUCCUUUGUUCACAAGCCUGUUCCUUUCAGUCUCCAUGCCAUGAGAUUUAGUGAGACCGGGUUUGGAUGCAACACUGGGCCCUGGAACAGUAGAUCCGGAGUUCUGGGAAGUGGGAGAGGAGGUUCCACUGAAAGAUUCUGAAGCAGGGGAAACCAAGGCCUUCGAGGCCAAUAGGGAGCUAUCAGGAUGAGAGAUACCCUCUCUGUUCUCAUCCUCCUCAGGAUUGCGAAGAUCAGUGGGAAUGGAGGGAAUGCAUACCCUAUUUUAAAUCUCCAGGGACUGGAUAACGCGUCUCUUCCCAGUGCUAGAUGGUCUUCUUCUUUCGUGAAGUAAACCUUCACCUUCCUGUUGACACGGGUAGCUAGUAGGUCUAUUUGAGGGAAACCCCACUUGUCCACAAUCAUGCGGAAUGCUCUGUCCUAUAGGCACCAUUCUCCUGGGUCUAUCCUGGAUCUGCUGAGGAAAUCGGCUAAUUGAUUCCAUUUCCCUGGUAGAUGGCUGGCAGUAAGGCCUGCCAAGUUCCUCUGAACCCAUCCCAUCAGUUGUUUCAUAAUUACCAUCAUCUUGCCACUCCUGGUGCCUCCUUGGUGAUUGAUAUAGGAUACCAAGGUGGUGUUGUCUGUCCUUAUCUUUACCUAUUGGUCCUUGAUAUAUACCGAGAAAUGCUUCAGUGCUUUGAGGACAACAAGAAGUUCUAGUAGAUUGGAAUGCACAUUGUCUGUCGUGAAAUUCCAUUCUUCCUGUGCAAAGUGUUGGAGACAAUGUGCACCCCAUCCCCAUUGGCUGGCAUCUGUUGUAACUGCUAUCCAUGUGAUGUCUCCUAGCGGAAACCCCCUGGAAAGGUGUUCCUUGUUCAGCCACCAGAUCAGAGAAUGUCGUACGUCCCGGGAUAACUUGAUGGGUUGGAGUAGAUUCUUGGAAGCAAAUUGCGUCAGGAAAUUGGCUUGAAAUGGACUCAUCCUCCAUUGUGACCAUCUGGUCAGCCCUAUUGUGGAUGACAUAGAUCCAAGGAGGCUCAUUACUGUCUUUGCGGGAACAACACUGAACUUUAUUAUCUUUCUUACUUGUAUCCUGAGCUUCAAUAUUCUUGCCAUAGAAAGUCGGACGGUACCUCUCAGAGUGUCGAAGUGAGCACCUAAAUAGAUCAUAGAUUGAGUUGGGUGGAGGUGGCUCUUCUUGGUGUUGAUCUUCCAGCCGUGAGCUUGCAAAAACUGAAUGCUGGUAAUAGCUUGGGAGGUCAAUGAAUCUUUGCUGUUUCCUAUAAUUAGGAUGUCGUCCAAAUAAUGAUAGAUAGCUAUAUUCAGCUUUCUUAGUUCUGCGAUCAGAACUACCAAUACUUUUGUGAACGUCCUCGGGGCAGUGAUUAGUCCAAACGGGAGUGCUCUGAACUGGAAAUGACCCUCUUCUACGGCAAACCUCAAAAACCUUUGAUGGGAAAGGGCAAUGGGUAUGUGGAAGUAGGCGUCUAACAGGUCUAUAGAGAACAUCCAUUGGUUGUGUGAAACUACUUUUAUAAUGGACUGCAGGGAUUCCAUCUUGAAUCUGCAAAUGUGUAGAUGUUUGUUUAAUCUAUGCAGAUCCAGAAUAGGUCUCCAUCCUCCUGAGGAUUUCUUUGUUAGGAAGAUGUGAGAGUAGAAUCCCUGAUUUCUGUCGUUUGCCGGCACAGUUGUGAUGACAUUCUCUGCUUGCAAGGAUAGAAUUAAGUUUUGUAGAGCCAUACGCUUCUCCUUGUCCCCUGGCCACUUUGUGAGAUGAAAGGACCUGUUGGGAGGAUGCUUGAAAAAUUCUAGAAGGUAUCCUCUCCGAAUAAUAUCCAGUACCCAGCUGUCGCUUGUGGAUUCUUCCCAUCUGUGUAAAUAUUGGAGAAGACAGGCGCCGACCCCUUCGGACUUGGGAAUUAUAUAGUCAUGAAUUCCUGGGGUUCUUGGAGGAAAAAGCACCCCGUGACUUGCCUCCUGUUCCUCCAGAUUGGGCUCCUCUCCCUGGCUGAAAUCUGGAAUAUUCUCUGCCAGGCUUGUAAGAUCUACUAUCCCGAAAGGAAUGAUAUUCUUUUCGGGCACGAAAGGACCCUUUAUAUUUCCUUUCUUGAGGUAGGAAAGCCUUAUUACCUUCAGCCACUCUCUUUAUACAUUCGUCUAAGUUCUUACCAAACAACAUAUUCCUGUGGAAUGGCAAAGAACAUAAACUAUUUUUGGAGGAAGCAUCAGCUGCCCAAGACCUGAGCCAAAGUGCCCGUCUGGAGGAAAUCGAAAAGGGCAUAUUUCUAGCAAGAUUCCUUACUAGAUCCACUGCUGCUUCGGAUGAAAAUUCAAUUGCUAGAUGCAUAUCUCUUAGGCUAUCCACAAUGGAGGAACAGCUUCUGCCACUUCUGAUGUCCUCCUCCAGUUCUUGUAACCAUACUUUCAUAGCUCUUGUGACUGACGUGAGAGCAACGGCAGGGAGGAGACUUGCGCCUGAGGAUACAUAUGACUUGGAAAGGUAGUACUCCAUUUUACGAUCCAUUGGGUCCCUGAAUGAACCAGCAUCAUCCACAGGUAGGGUAGUAUGUUUAGCUAACCUGACAACUGCAGCAUCAACCUUGGGUGCAAAAUCCCAUGCUUCAGCAUCUUUGGGCUCGAAUGGGUAUAAUCUGGAGUAUUUCCCUUUGGCAGAUGAUCUCCUAUCAGAUCUAAACCAUUCCUCCUUAAAGGACCACUCUAGGCACCCAGACCACUUCAGCUUAAUGAAGUGGUCUGGGUGCCUGGUCCAGCUAGGCUUAACCCAUUCUUUUAUAAACAUAGCAGUUUCAGAGAAACUGCUAUGUUUAUGAAUGGGUUAAGCCUUCCCCCAAAGCCUCUAGUGGCUGUCUCAUUGAAAGCCGCUAGAGGCGCUUGCGUGAUUCUCACUGUGAAAAUCACAGUUAUGAAUGCUUUCCUAUGCGACCGGCUGAAUGCGCGCGCAGCUCCUGCCGCGUGUGCGCAUUCAGCCGAAGGGGAGGAGAGGAGGAGGAUCGGAGGAGGAGAGCUCCCCGCCCAGCGCUGGAAAAAGGUAAGUUUUAACCCCUUUCCCCCUUCCAGAGCCGGGGGGGGGGGGGUCCCUGAGGGCACUAUAGUGACGAGUAUGUUUUCCUGGCACUAUAGUGGUCCUUUAAUAAGAUCCCUGAUAGUUUCAUGCACCGGGAAAGUUGCUCUUUUUCUCGUAAGAUCAGAGAAGUAACGAUUGAAUGUAGAGGGUUCCUCCUCUGAGGGUUCCUUUCCAAAUAAUAUCCAUAAGUAAUGUAAUAGGUCCUUUCACUUGCUACCCCUGAGGUCACUGCAAGAUAAUGGAAAGGAAAAACCCCCGGUCACUAAAGGGGUUUUCUCCAGGGGGACACCUUUGCGCAGGGCCGUAUACUGGAGACUUCCCAGGGGAGAGAGGGUGAACUCCCCAGGGGCUGGAGGAACUAAUCCUCAGGUAAGCCAUAAAAGAAAAAUGUAAGGUCCAAAGGACCGACGACCGACAUGUCCUAGAGGAUAGGACAGGAAAAAAAGACUGGGGAAGGAGGGGUAGGAGGUACUUAUACGGCUUAAUUAUUUUUCCUGUCCAAUGAGGAUAGGGAGGAGCUACCCAAUGUUGUGCUGCCAUGGAUAUGGCCAGGAAAUAAAUAUAUAUGUAGAGAAAGAGAGUGCAGUACAUUUCUUGAUUAUAUUGCUUUUUGUAAUGAUACCAAUUUUUAUUAUUGUUUUAUAAUUUUGCAGAUGGCUUUCUGGCUGGAUUCUUCAUUACAUGGGGUGAGUGUCUAAUAUCAUAUAUAUUUACACAAAUUAUAUGGCUUUUUUCACAAAACAAUUUCAGUACAUAAAUUUAAAAAAAACAUUGAGUUUGUUUUGCAUUUGGGAGACAUUGUGCUGAUUUCAAUCCUGCCAUCUUUGGACCCCUCAAUUUUUCUCCCCAGUAUUAACAUACAUUUGGCACUGAGCAGUUAUGGGUAGUUUAACCCGUACCAUGCACAAGGAAUAAGCAAACAAACAAACAAACCUUGGUAUAAAUAUACAGAAACCAUCUUUAUAUAUGCAUUUAUUAUUUUUGAAGUGUAAAACCAGUCAAGUUUAUUCACUAAAAUUGUUGGACUUUUUUAGGCCAAAAUAGCUAUAUUGGAAACAUAGACACAUUGACAAUUUAUCUAAGUAGAUCAUAAUAUAUAGGGCAUGAGCAAUACACAGGGUUCAAAGCAUUGCACAGAGUGCUCCACUAAUCAUAAAUAAAUCGAAUGGAUAUUUUCUGCUUGUUCUGUCACAUACAACUGAGGCCUCAACUGAGUAUUUAGUAAAUUUGGUAUUGUUAAUUAAAAAUCCAGAGCGAUACAAUGGAAAUGAUUUGUCAUUUAAAAAAACAAACCAACCAACCCUACCCCUAAAAUCUGCUUUGCUUUCAGAGGUAGGUGUCACUGGAUUAUUUUAAAAUGAAUCUUUAAACAUAUUAUCCCAUUUUCUGAACAGGUUUGGGAGAGUCGCCAGCAGUAACAAUCACAGCCAUUCCUGGCAGCGUGGUUAAAAAAGGCCAAAAUUUAACUCUCCGAUGUGAAGCUGAAAAGGAAGGGAAGCGUUUCUGUUUUCUAAUUGAGGGAACACGUCCAUUCCAUUGUGAGGAUAUUAAAGGGAAAGUGGCAACAGUUACUAUCAAUAAUACAAAACAGUUAGAUAGCGGAUCAUAUUAUUGCACUUCUCUGGGUAUUUAUGAACAAAUUACUACCAGCACUAUUCUCCCAAUAUGGAUAAUAGGUGAGUAGCUUUUAUUUACAUUUCUCAAUCAGAGUGUAUUACAGAUAUCUGGUUCAGUAUUGUAAUGUAAUAAACUUGUCACAUGCUUACCUUCCUAUAGUAGGAGGUGAGAAUUCAGGAUGGGGUGGGUGGAUAAGUGAUGCAGCAAAGGAUAGGUCUAUUCGUAAAAGUGUCUUGGAUAUAAAAGGGACGGCGCCACCCAUAAAGUGGCCAUGGCAAUGGACAACAGCACUCAACCCUUCUGAAGUUCUCUGUCUUGUGGGUGGAUUUAAUCUGAUAUACACAUUUUAAAAUGUUAAAGCCCCGAGUUAUUAGCCUUUCUCAGUGUUCUCAUAUUCUCUGUUUUGACUGUUUUGGAUUGUGUAGAUCAAAAACAGAAAGCAUUAUGUAUAACAUACAGCAAUGUGCGGUUGUAUUUAUCCCAUCAUCUAAAAAGUCAUUCUAUUCUUAAUUCUAUGUGCCUACAGAUUGAUUUACUAGAGCCCUUUGCAUAACUGACAAUCUUCCCUGCUCAUCUUUCAGGACAGAGGUGGCCAAGGAAGAGAGCAGGUUGCACAGGGCAAUAUGUAAGGCUGAGCACGUAGUGGGCCCAUCUCUAAAGAGGUUUGCAGGCUGAGUAACAAAUGCCCCCCUCAAGGCAGACCUUGCAUGGGGUUCUGAUGAAGCACUCUGUGCAUCCAAUACUCUCCUGCAUUUCAAAAUCUGCCAGCAUAUUGCAAAAUGUGGUUGAGGUCUAUGGGACCUCUUUUACUGGGACAGCACCCCAAAAUACUGGACUGUCCUAGCAAAUUCAGGACUGUUGGCACUUAUGUCAUUGCUUUAUAUUUUUGUCUUUUGGCAUCUUAGGACACUAUUUAAGCUUGCGCUGCAGAAAGCAUCAGGAUGAUGGCUUUCCAAGUAAGUGGGUUAAUCUCAUAAGAACACGUAUUAGGUUGUUAGAGUAGGACCCGACAUAAAUGGGGUAGAAUGGCGUUGUGGCAGGUUUAUGCAUUGUAUGAUCACAUACUGUAGCUGUUUGCUAAAGCUGUAUGAUGGCAGUAUAAUUAACUCUUUAUGUGGCAGAGCAGCAAGAAUGAGAUGAUCAGCUUUCACUGAUGUUCUACACUAAAAAUACAUUUAAAAAGAAUUUAACCAAAGGAGGUCCAGGUAGUGACCUCUCCUAUUUCUCAGCCCUGUGAGCAUGAGUGAAAGGCAGGAGAUAUGUAUUUGGUAUGGAUCUAAUUAAUUGCCUGUAGCUUUUUCUCCACCCAAGUAUUAUGGGGUAGAAGGUAAAAGAAUGACCAACUUGGUUGGCCCUAUUUUUCACCCAUUUAGUGAUAGGGAAGAGGGCAAUAAAUAACAGGCCACCAAUCCCCCUACUCCAAUACCAAGAAACACUCAGACCCCUGGUCCUGCUAAAUAUAUGGCCAGAGAGUGUGAUCCCUUUAGAGCAGGGAUCCUCAAACUCCGGCCCCCCAGAGGUUUUGCUGAACUACAACUCCCAUGAUUCUUUGAAUUACAUAGAUAGCCAGAGAAUCAUGGGAGUUGUAGUUCAGCAACAUCUGGGGGGCCGGAGUUUGAGGACCCCUGCUUUAGAGGUACUAAGCACAGGGAAUUCAGUGGGGAAAAAAAAUGAGAAUUAUUCGGUCAGCAAAGUUUAUGCAUAUAUCAGGAAAAUGCUAAACACAAAGUUAAACUAGAUAAAAAAAAGUUCGGGAGAGUAAUUUCUUUAUUUUUAUUUCACAACACAUACAAAUUGGAACCUAUUGACUCUUGUUGCAAAGUGGGAACAAGGGUCACAGAGUGCCCAGGAGCUCCAAAGACAGAGUCGCAAUGACAGGGUGUGCAGCGAUAGGCUGUGCCUCUCAUAUUAGACCCCACAGAAAAGUGCAGGGAAUUGAUUAAUAUUGGCUUUAGUGGCCAUGCUCCUUUACCUGUUUUUAAUUAUUUCACUUAAGACACUUUGUGUGCGCUUUCUAAAUGGGAACAAUACCAUGUUAGUUGAGAUCCCCCUUGAGGAAGGCGUAGUGCCGAAACUUUGAAGUGCCGUGGUCUUCAGCUCGGGUCAGUAUACUUGUUGUUACAAUUUGGUUAAGGCAUUGAGCACUUUAUUUGCCUAGGUUAUGUGGUUAUUUGUAAGGUGAAUACUCUGCAUGUUUGCACUUUACUAUCUGUAUGUGUUUACUAAUGCAUUAUGUGAAUAAAAACCUUUUGUGCAAUACUUUUUUGGUGUGCUAUUACAUAGUUACAUAGUUUCAUAGCUGAAAAGAGACUUGCGUCCAUCAAGUUCAUCCUUUUUCACAUAUGUUUUUGCUAUGGGUUUAUUUGUUCCCUAUUAAGGGUUAAUAAAUAUAUAGGGGUGUAUAUAAAAAAAAUACCCCUCUCUGUCUCACUAAAAAUCUUUGCCAGAAGCUCAAAGAAGCAAGGUGAAGGGUCAGCGUAGGACCCGCUUAGGGGGGUCUGCCUUGACGUUGGCAGGUGGGCAUUCCCUCCAAUGGCUAUUGGAGUAACUAAGUGACCUCCAUUUGUCUAAAUAUACAUAGGGAUUAAGGAGAGAGCGCAGGUAACUUGUUUUUCUUUGUUUUUUUACUAUAGAUUCGGGCUGAUGUGUACUGUAGUCAUUGCUGCCGCCCAGUAGUGAUGGGAGUGAGCGCAGGACUUAUUUUUCUGCAUUUGUAUCCAUUUUUUGUAUCACUCAGCCUUGUUACAAUGCUGCCACCCAUCCCAUGUGUUCCCUAUUAAGGGUUAAUAAAUAUAUAGGGGUGUACAUAAAAAAUACCCCUUUCUGUCUCAUUAGAGAUCUUUGCCAGAAGCUCAAAGAAGCAAGGUGAAGGGUCAGCGUAGGACCCGCUUAGGGGGGUCUGCCUUGACGUUGGCAGGCGGGCAUUCCCUCCAAUGGCCAUUGGAGUAACUAAAUGACCUCCAUUUGUCUAAAUAUACAUAGGGAUUAAGGAGAGAGCGCAGGUAACUUGUUUUUCAUGUAUUUGUUUUAUAGAUAGUCACGCACACAGUUAGACAGUCUCACAUUCACACACAGUUACAGGCAGACAGCCAUGCACACACUUACAGGCAGAAAGGUAGACACACACACACACAAAUGCAGACAGUCACACACACAGUUACAGACAGUCACAAACACACACACACACACACGGUUACACACAGACAGUCUCACACACAGUUACAGACAGCAAACACACUGUGUUAGAGGCAGAUAGUCAAACACACAGUUACAGACAGUCAGACACACACACACACACUUACAGACAGACAGACACAGACACACACAGACUUACAGCCAGUUAGUCAGACACACACACAGUUACAGGCAGACAUUCACAAACACACAGCUGCAAACAGUCACAAACUGUCAAACACACAGUUACAGGCAGACAUACACACUGUUACACACAGGUACAGGCAGACAGUUAUAUCUUUCCAUUAUGGGCUGGAAGGGGAGCAGGGGCACUGAAUUACCUGAAGUCUAGUUGUUGGGGAAGCUUCCUGCUUCCUCCUCUGUGUGCAAAAGUUACAAGGCUGCCUGCUCAGGCUCCAUUGUCCAUUUUAGCUCCAUUUAGCUCUGCCUCCACCACUCAGUCAGCUCCGCCCCUUCUGCCUUGUAUGUACGUAGUGGGGAAUCGUGAUGCAGCCUAGAACAAAAACUAACCCCAUUCAUAAAUAUACUAAUAGGGCGGGCGGGAGGGAAGCUGUUUGCUGGCCCGAAUCCCAAGUGGCACUGAGGUAAGACCUCCCCCACACUAACUUACACAGAACAUAAUCCCACCCACACACUCUUUCCCAACCAAUCCCAUGCAUCUAUCCCCACACUCCUACAUGUGCCCUUGUCCGCUUAGCUGCGCUAUUUGCCUAGGGCCUUAUUAGGUUCUCUGAUAGACCUGUGGGAAGGAUAAUGAAAUCCUCCACCCAGGUGCCAUGCGUCCAUGCUACAUAGCGCAAUCUAUUUUAUUGGAGUGCUCUGUGCCCCCACUCCCUCAUACCUGUCACCCAGGGCAUGUGCGAGCAUUGUUGCUCACAUGGUGCCACUGCUGUCAUGAUGUCCUGUUUGGCCACACAGCUCGCACAUCCCUGUAUAAACCAAAAGCACUCCAUCAAGUUAAAGUUGACAUACGCAUACUGGAAACUAUAGUUCUCACCCAUACAUUCUUCACUAUCUCUGAUCAAUGAAGCCAUCAUCAUAGAAGAGACCUGUACAAAUGUUAAAGAAAUUAGUGAAUACUAUUACAGGGAGACUCUGACAUUAGAAACUGAAACGUGUAUUUUUUAUGUCACAGUAUUGUCCUGUAUGUUUGGAUGUAGCCUCCCAGUAACCAUUAAAUAAAGAAAAUGUGCAUACCUUAAAUUACAUAAUAAAACAGUUGUUUGGUUGCGCCACAGAUCUUUUUGUUAAAAGUUUGAUAAUAAAUAUUGUACUUACAGUAAAAGUCAAAUAUCAAGGUAUACAGUCCAACGAUAAUUUAUGGAAGUUAGCAGAAAGUCCGGUUAUAGUAAUGAAGCGUAGCCCUAUUGUAUUUUUCUUUCGUGGGAGUCUUGGAGUCGCAGUUUCUCUUCAUCCAAUUAAACCAUAGGGUAAGAAAAAAACCUCAAAUGGUAUAGUAUUUUACAGGCACGUGAAGUAUAAGUUCGUAUUAGUCCUACUUUCUUAAAUUACACAAGGCUGCUGCCUCUCCCCUGGCUGAGAUGAUCAUUUUUUAUGAUUGCAGCCAGUCCAGUGCUCCACCAUCACAACUACGUGCAGUGCCAAUCAGCAACUGCUCAUAGACCUGCAGUAUACCAAGGCAAGUGCAUGGGGUCUGUUUGUCACCUUCAUGCAGAGUGUGAAGAUGCCGAUUGCCAGUCAUGCAAAUAGGAAGCACCUUUAGUGGCAGUUUCAGUCACAACCACUAGAUUUGUCCAUAAGGAAAAAUGUAAACACUGCCUUUAUAUAGAAAAUCUGGUGUUUAAAAAUGAGAGACUACAGGUUUAGUAGUUCUGGUGCUUUUCAAGUCUUUAAGCAAAUGUGAAAUUUGUAUAAUAAAACCCACUGAUUUAGAUCCCUAAAAUCUUUGCAUUGCCCCAGCCAGGUGUACCAGAUAACUGUUUACUGCACGUAAUAAUGCACUUAUUAUGUACACUACCCUUAAUACACGCUGUAAUACUAAACGAAAUUUACAUGACAGAAAUAAUGAAUUUAAUUUAAAAAACAUGUCUGGUCACCUGUAUUGAUAUCUGCUGUGUCUUUUUACACUAACACAUGUUAUGUAUGUUGAACUUUUUUAGAUCUGAAAAAGCCAAUACUGGAUAAGGAGAGUGAUCCUGAGGAUAACACAAAAAUCAGAUUUCGUUGUACUGCUCUAUCAUCAGAUUAUCAAAUUGUUAAUUUUUUUCUAUUGCAUAAUACUACUAGAGUCAAAGAUAGUAAGUCUAACAUGAACUCACUAACAACCGUUUUCUCAGUAUUUGCCAAUGGUGGUUCUAUAUUCAGAUGCUCUUAUCAAGUAGAAAUCAGAACUGAAACUGUGAAGUAUAUGGAAUCUCCACAGAGUGAUCCUGUGCUCAUAGGUAAGUACUAUGUCAGACAAAUUGUAAAACUACAUCCACAUUAACAGAUUCCCUUAGAGGCCUGAUCUGAUUCACCUAAUAAGUUAUUGGAGCCCUCUUCGCAGUCCAUAUUCUUUUUGAAUUGCAAAGUACUAGAUAUUUUUUAAGUAAAAUGUGCAGUAUUUAAACUGUAAAGGAUAUAUUGUAUUAGUAUCGUUUCCAAAAGGAAUAUUAGGCCGAUCAGAUUUCCAUAAAGAUUUCCAGAAACUCACAAUAUGGGCACAUCAUUAUUCUGGAAAAUAUAUACAUCAGAGAAUGCCACUACUCCCAUAAGUUGCCCUCUGCAUGUAUAAUUAUACUGAGGCAAUACCAGGCCUAACAACACCACAAAAUGGUUGCCUGUACCAUUAGGUAUGCACUAUCAGAUUAACGGUGGAUGUUGUUGAAGAAAUCCUUUGGCCUUCUCAAAAUAAAUUUGUCCAUACUGUGAAAACAAGAUGAAUUAAUUUUGUGGCCGAGACUUAAAUAUAAAUAUUAAUGGUAUAAUGGUUGAAUAUGUAGAAAGAAAAUACACAAAACAUUUGUAAUAUUAUAUGUCACUACUCCAUAUUAAUUCUCCUUGACCUCUGUGCUGCCUUUGACACCGUUGAUCAUGCUCUCCUCCUUCAAACUCUUCAAUCGCUCGGUCUCUGUGACUCUGUCCUUUCUUGGUUUUCCUCCUAUCUCUCCAAGGAUACCUCCUCCCCUCAUCCUGUCUCGGUUGGAGUUCCCCAAGGCUCUGUCCAAAGCCGUAUUGUCCCGCUACAGUCUGUAAUGAAUGCUGCAGCUAGACUGAUUUUCCUCUCUAGUCGGUCUUCUAACACCUCACCCCUCUGCCAGUCCUUACAUUGGCUUCCUGUAUCCUAUAGGAGUCAAUUCAAAGUGCUAAGCCAUACAUUUAAAGCACUGAAUAAUUCUAGCCCCUCAUAUAUCUCGUCACUGAUCCAUAGGUAUGCCCCUCCUCGUUCCCUCCGCUCUGCCCGUGACCACCUCCUGACCGCUGUUCGCACUCGUACGGCCAACUCACGCUUGCAGGACCUCUCACGGACGGCUACUUUCCUAUGGAAUAGCCUGCCUACCGCCAUUAGACUCUCCCCUAGUCUUCAAUCAUUUAAGAAGGGCCUUAAAACCCAUCUCUUCAGGAAAGCUUAUGGCCUCCCAGAGUAACCUCUGCCUUACAUACCUAUCUCUUGCUCUCUCCUGUAGGGCAGCUGUCUACCCUCUCCUCCAGCUCUGCUUCACUCCCACCCUAUUUGAUUGCUGUUUCCUGUCCUAACGUGUCUUAUACCCCACCUGCUAUAAACUGUAAGCUCGUUUGAGCAGGGUCAUCUUCAACCUAUUGUUCCUGUAAGUUUUCUUGUAAUUGUCCUAUUUAUAGUUACAUCCACCCUCUCAUAAUAUUGUAAAGCACUAUGGAAUCUAUUGGCGCUAUAUAAAUGGCAAUAAUAAUAAUAAUGUCAAUUUACUACAAUAAAUUAUAGGUAACAGACUAAUAAUAAAACAAAUUAUAGCAAGUAAAAGAGAAUUACUAAAAUAAUACCAUACAGAAAUUAACAAACUAAACAUAUAACUUACAAAGUUAUAGAAGUGAGGUGAUAUUCUUUGCUACGCCCUGGGGAAUGACUGUGAUAAAUCUUAACUCUCCUUUUUAUUCCCAAUGAAAUGCUUUUCUAGAGUAGGCUGUUCUGUGAUGUCACUGCCAGACACAUGACAUACGGAAAUCAUAUGGUAGAAACUAGUCCUUUAACCCCUUAAGGACACAUGACAUGUGUGACAUGUCAUGAUUCCCUUUUAUUCCAGAAGUUUGGUCCUUAAGGGGUUAAGCUUAAAUUAUAACAUAAAACAUUAAUGAAAAUCAUACAACGAUGGACUUUAUGGUACAUCAGACCAUAUUUUUAUUUCAUUGCUCAGGUACCCAUGUUGAGUUACGCUCCCUUGAAUGUAGGAAAGUUGAUGGUGCAGAGCAGAUGUCAAUUGCCAGCCUCUGAAAUACACCCAUUCUCAAAACCUUUGCAUUCCAGUUUUCUGAGCAAACCUGACAGUGGGAACUAUUUGAAGGGUUAAUUUCAGGUUGCUGGGUUCAAACAAUAAUCUGGAGCACCUGAUGCUGCUGUACUGCAUUUGUCGGUACAUUGGGGGGGGGGGUCAAGCUCCACUAUCACACUCUUUUUUUCCAUUACACUGGAUUUGUGCUGUAUGUUGAGGUCACUAACCAAAGCACAAUACAUUGUGAGUCUUCUCUACCCUCAACAUCCUUUAAUCAUUAUGAGAAAACUACUAUGACAUCUAUAUUACUGAUGUAAUUCUUCUUUUUUAAUGUGAUUUAUUUUUCUUUGACAUUGGGCUACAAUUACAACACUGAAGUUUUUUUAAGUCUGAAAACCACAAGGAGCCAUAAUACAUAGUUCUAUUCUUUUUUUUUUACUUUCCUAAUCUACCUUUCUUGUUUCUAAUCUAUACCUUACAUGUUGGAGUCUUUACCAUUCCUUAAGCAGAUAAGCAGAAUUUUUAUGAUGGCACGGAUAAGACGUAUAGAGUUCUCUAUAAGAAGAUGGCAUGGAAUAACCUUUCUAUGAGAUGGUCCUAGAAUAGAUCGUGUUUGCAGACUCAAUUUCUGAGGCACACUUCCCACCUUUUUCCAAAAUCCUGAUUGUGCAAUGCUUGUAUUCACCUAGCACUCUGGCCACUCAUGAGAAUUCUCUCCCUCAAUUCCUUAAGCCUCAAGACUGAGUUUUCUGCUUCACUCUUCAGUCCUGAGAGAUGUCUUUCUUUCCAACAGUACUUUUAUGGACUGUUUGAGCUCUUUACUCAGAUCACCUGUGCAGAAAUGCCCAUAAAAUAGCUUACAAAAGAAAGACACACCAGAUGUAGCAUACAUUGAAAAGGUUUAUUGAGAACAUGCCAUUGACGGGUUCUGAAGACACAAUAAUAAACCAGAAAACUGUCUUUUAGGAACUUAAUAUGGCAAACUUUUUCCAAAAUACAUGUUUCACUGUUGCAUUUCUUUUAAUUUGAAUGUUUUUAAGAUUUUUGGACUAAGUUUAGGUUCACUUGGUCCCAUUUUGGGAAUGUGGGGGUUAUUUUUUGUAGUAGCGCCAUAGGGCUUUGACACCCUCUAUCCUAAAGACUCUUAGCACAAGGGGGAGGGACUGGGCAUUCCAUGGUUCUCUGUUGUGACAGAGUGCAUGAUCACCCAAAAAAACACAUUUAUUAAUACUCUUAAAACCAUAGGCUAAGGAAAUAGGAUGUUGACAACCAUAUACAUUCUAAAAACAAAGAGAAUGUUACCUGCACUCUGGCCUAAAUCCCCAUGUACAUUUAAAAAAAAAUGGAGGCUCUUUAGUUUUUUUCCAAUGGCCAUUUGAAUAUAUAAGCUCACUUGCCACGUCAAGGCAAGCCUCAAGAGGCGAGUCCUACACUAGCCAUUAGAUUUGCUGAUAUCAGCCAAGAAUCUCCAAUAAGACAGGAAGGGGUAUUUUAUAAACCCUUUCAUAUUUAACCCUUUAUAAGACUUCUGCACAUACAAUAAACUUUGCUGGUAUCAGACAAAGUGUAAACAUCUCUAAUGAGACAUGAAGGGGUGUUUUAUAAACCCCUAUAUACCCUGAAUAGGGCUAUAACAUAUAAAUCACCUUGCUGGCAAUUAUUGGAGAUUCUUGGCUGAUAUCAGCAAAUCUAAUGGCUAGAGUAGGACUCGCGUCUUGAGGCUUGCCUUGACGUGGCAGGUGAGCUUAUAAAUUCAAAUGGCCAUUGGAAUAAAACUAAAGAGUCUCCAUUUUGUUUAAAUGUACAUGGGGAUUUAGGCCAGAGCGCAGGUAACGUUCUCUUUGUUUUUACUAUGUAUUUUGAGCUGUUGGAUACUGAGCUACUGCUGCUGUAAGUGCAGUGCUUUAUAUUUGUGUAAUCAUAUACAUUCACCCUCUUUGUUUGUAAAUAUAUAUAUUUAAACAAGCAGUGUCUGAUAUGUCCUUGGAGUAUAUAUAUUGUAACAAACCACCUCUUUUACAGGUAGGAUUGUCACAGAUCUUGCAGUAACCACAGCCUUCUAGGGUAUACAAAGUCCAGGACACAUUCAACUCGGUUUUUCCUUUUUAUUCAGUAAGAAAACAGGUGCUUUAAAUAAUAACAAAACAAACAAAAUCCCUUGCUCUUACUUGAGCUCUUACUAGACAGGAAUUGCUAUCUGCAAUUGGGUGGCUUUCCCACUUACCAAUUUUCCAAACAAAAGAAAUGUCUUUGCAAUAAACACAAUUGCCUUUCACUGUCUUUUCCUCCCUCACUCUGCAGCAGGCUGCUCUCUUCUUUUAAAGGCCUGUCUACUAACUGACUGGCUACAGGUGAGUGCCAAUUAACUAACUCGUAAGUCAGAUCCAAAUAGUGGUCUGUUACACAGCAACUAAUGCUGUUGGAGCAUUGGCCCACCCUGCUCUCCAAAUACUCCGCCCCAGGGACCCAUACCAUGUUUUGCAGAACCUCAGCAAUGUAGAUUGCAAACUCUAACAUCUCUCCCUGGGGCAUUUAACUGAAAAUUCUCAGGUUGCUGUUUAACAAAUCAGGCCUGAUGUAUCUUCCAUCAACCACAAUUCCACUUUUACGCUCACAAUAUAUAACCAUAAAAAGAAGAAGAAAUAGGAAACUGAUAGUGAAGUACGUAAAAUAUACAGUAAGGUGACGGUAAAUACAUUUAUUUGCACUCACACUUUAUAGGAGCUUAGGUGCAGCUCCAACUUAGAUGCCAGGGUGGAAUAAUCCCCACCUGAAGAUAUGGUGGAGUACAGACUCCAUAGGAGGUUUUUGUGGAUGCAGCUUCUCUUGCAGAUAUGUAGAACUAUAUAAAACAAUGGCUUUCUGAAUGGUGAAAAGCGUUAAGUGUAUUUAAAUGUUGUUUUAUAUACGGUAGUUCUUUAACCCUAUUUUUUAAAUUUAAUGUUUUUUUAUUAAUAAAAGUACUUUUUUUGGACCUGUUUGCUGCUGAAUUCCUCUACUCCAUAUCCUUGAUGGGGAUAAUACCACCUAAGCCUGCUGGACAGAGCAAUCCCUAUUUGCUGUAUCAAAUGUCAAUAGUUUUUUGUCCAUUUAAUUUUAUUCACCACUUUUUACAGUCUAUGCUAUUGUGGUUUUAUAUUCUAUUUUACUUUUAUAAUCGGAGAGAGACCACCAGCACCUAUAUAAUAGAGUGUGGAUCAUACCUCUUCACACUAUAGCUGUGGAGCCACUCUCUAGGCUCCAGAACACAUGAGUGCACAUCCUUGAUAGCUAUAUAUUUUAAUAUUGAGUCUUGCAUAUUGCACUAUGUAUCUCUAAUUUCUCCUACAUAUCUGGAAGAGAAGCUGCAUCCACAAGCAUCUGUACUCGACCAUAUCCCCAGGUGAGGAUUAUUCUGCAAAUUGGAGCUGCACCUAAGAUCCUAUAAAGUGUGAGUGCAUAUGAUUUAAUUUAGCCUCACCGUAAUGUAUUUUUAUGUACUUCACUAUCAGUUUCCUAUUUCUCCUUCUUUUAAUGGUUAUAUAUACACACUCCAAUGACAUUCCAGAUGCUGCACCUCCCUCUUUGUUUUUUUCCUGCUUCUCUAUGGGGCAAAAGAGAGACUUCUGAUUUGGUGACCUAGCUGUCCUUUUGAUUGUAUCAGUACUGGACAAGCGCUGAAUAUCCCUUUGCUUUUAUAUAUUUAACUAUGUAUAUCCAAUGUAAAAGAUUUACGUAGAUUAUGAUUGUGUUGACCUGUAGGAUUCAUUACAUUAAUUGACUGCUGUAAAGGUGUGUACAAGCAGUUCCCUGAGGAACGGGUUAAUUUGCAGGAGUCAGCCCAGUACUGAAAUGUAGCCAAUUAGUAUCUGCUGUAGCAGUUACUUGGGCUUAAAAGAGGCACACCUGGACAGAUAAGGAAGGUUAAUUUUGUGUAUCUCACGGAGGACAGUGGCAGCUCUCAGGAGCUGGGAAUUUUGUUUAUUAUUAUUUUUAUUAUUUGUAUAGCGCCAUCAGAUUCCGUAGCGCUGUAUUAUGGUUUAGAACGUAUUUACUGUUAUCUAGAGAUAACUAGAUAGCACAGUGAUUGUUGUUAUAGAAUACUGUGUUAUGUAACCCCCUACCAUGAGGAAGUAAAGGAACUACAGAUAAUCCUAACUCUGCUGGUGUUCUGUUCAACAGGAUCCACACAGUAGCUUUGAACAUAAAUAUAUAUAUAUUUACUAUGUAUAUACGCUGUAAAAUUAUAAACUAAUCUCUUUGUAGAAGAUGGAAGGGUUGAUGAGGAUGUGGUUACUCAGAUUACUGAUACAGGUGAGAUUAUUCUUAUUUUUAUUUAAAGGGAGUGAGAGAGACAGAAUGAAUGAGAUUGAGAAUAAUGAUUACCUGUUGGUUAACUGCACUGGUAUCACGUAAUCUUAAACUAAUCUCUUUGUAGGAGAUGGACGGGUUGAUGAAGGUGUUGUUACUCGAAACACUGAUACAGGUGAGAUUAUUCUUAUUUUUAUUUAGAGGGAGUGAGAGAGACAGAAUGAAUGAGACUGAGAAAAUGAUUACCUGUGGGUUAACUGCACUGGUAUCACGUAAUCGUAAACUAAUCUCUUUGUAGGAGAUGGAAGGGUUGAUGAAGGUGUGGUUACUCAAAGCACUGGUACAUGUGAGAUUAUUUUUAUUUGGAGGGAGUAAGAGAGAGACAGAAUGAAUGAGACUGAGAAAAAUGAUUACCGGCUGGUUAACUGCACUGGUAUCACGUAUCACAUGUAUAUUGUAUGUAUCAGGGCUCAAAACGUUACGUCCUACACUAGUUGUGCCUAAAAGCGACUUGCUUCUAGAUAUAUGAUAAAUAUAUCACAAUGCAUAAGGGUAUGUAGUCUGCCCCAAGCUACAGUAGCCAAGGUAUCUAGCUAUAGGGCACCCUGGUGUUCAUUUCAUUUGAGCCUGUUAAGUAGACUACUGGUCUGGUUUUAGAGGUAUUGCUAGCAAUGAAUUUAUUGUGAAUAUAUGGGAGCCUUACUGUGCAGAUAGGGCUGGUUUGGUAGGAGGCCGCUAUUUUAAUAAUUUAAGACCGCGAUCAGGCCCCUGUAAAAUGGGAUGCUGGGAGAAAGUGACAGCCUGUCACUUCCUCCCAGACUUAGUGUGCGCUGACUGCAGGGAGAGAGGUAGCAGCAGAGAAUAAGCAGCUGCCGAACUGGCACACCAGCAUCAGCUAGCAGCCUGCAGAAUUUUUUUAAAAAGAAAACAGGAGGGUGACUUUAACUAUAAACGUGUGUGUGGUGUAUGUGUCUAUGUGUGUGUGUAUGUGUCUAUGUAUGUAUGUACAUGUAUGUGUAUGUACAUGUAUGUAUGUGUCAGUGGGUGUAUCUGUGUAUCUUCCAAUUUGUGUUAUCUGUGUACCAAUUGUGUGUAUGUGUCACUGUGUGUGAGUAUCUCUGUGUUUGUGUCAGGAACGAAACAGGCAUCCAAUAUGCAGAAUGCAAAAUAGGACACCGGGCCUUAGAAUGGCCAGACUAAUGUAGGAAAGGAUAGAAAAUAGUCAGGGACAAGCCGAGGUCGAGGGAGCCAGAAAACAGGUAAGCAAAUAAACAAGCCGAGUCAAAGGGAUGGAGAACACAGAAUAAUCAAAAUCAGAGCAAAGUCAAAUACCAAUAAACCAAACCAGAGUAUGCACUAUAGGAACUAUCAAGCUAGAACCACAACAGGGCAAUGAUUCAUUGAAAAUUAGUCCUUUUUAUACUUUGGCUCUUUAAGUGAUGGUCACGCCCCAAAAACGUUUAAAUUCGAAAGUUUAGACGGGCCGUGACAUCAUUGACGUAAUGACGUCGGCGCUUAUGUGCCGCGUCACAAAAAGGGGCGGAGCUACCGUGGCCGGCUGAGAUGAGAGGAGAGAAUGUGAGGAGUGUCGCCAUCAUGUGGGAGAAGAUCCACAGGCUGGAUCCCUGCCUGGGCAGUCACCACAGGUACCCUGACAGUUUGUUAGUAUGUGUAUAUCACUGUGUUUGUCAGUAUGUGUAUCUAUGUGUCAGUGUGUGUAUCUGUCAGUGCAGUGUGUGUAUGUAUGUGCCAGUGUGUGUGUGUAUCACUGUGCCAGUGUGUGUGUAUGUGUGUGUAUUUGUCAGUAUGUGUAUAUGUAUGUCAGUGUAUCUGUCAGUGUUUGUAUCGGAGUGUGUGUGCCAGUGUGUGUGUGUGUGUAUAUGUAUGUCAGUGUGUAUCCGUCAGUAUGUGUAUCUGUUUGUAUACCUGUGUGCCUCUAUGUCUACGUGUUUAUGUGUGUGUAUGUGUCAAGAUGUGUGUAUCUUUGUGUAUGUGCCAGUGUUUGUAUCUGUGUGUCAAGGUGUGUGUAUCUGUUUUUGUAUCUGUGUGUCAGUAUAUCUAUCAGUGUGUAUGUGCCAGUGUGUAUCUUUGUACCAGUGUAUGUGUGUGUGUAUCUUUGUGCAAGUGGAUGUGUACCUGUGUUUGUAUGUGCCAGCGUGUGUAUCUGUGUGUCAGUGUAUCUGUCAGCAUGUAUCUGUGUGUGCAUGUGCCAGUAUGUAUCUUUGUGCCAGUGGGUGUGUAUCUGUGUACCUGUGUUUGUAUGUGCCAGUGUGUGUAUCUGUGUGUCAAGGUGUGUGUAUCUGUGCCAGUGUGUGUGUCUGUGUCGGUGUGUUUCUGUUUGUUAAUGUGUAUGUAUAUCUGUGUAAGUAUGUAUUUGGCAAUGCAUGUGCAGACAUCAUAGAAACAUAGAAACAUAGAAUGUGACGGCAGAUAAGAACCAUUCGGCCCAUCUAGUCUGCCCAAUUUUCUAAUUACUUUCAUUAAUCCCUAGUCUUAUCUUAUAGUUAGGAUAGCCUUAUGCCUAUUCCACUAUCCUAAUGCCUAUUCCACGCAUGCAUAAACUCCUUUACUGUGUUAACGUCUACCACUUCAGCUAGAAGGCUAUUCCAUGCAUCCACUACCCUCUCAGUAAAGUAAUACUUCCUGAUAUUAUUUUUAAACCUUUGUCCCUCUAAUUUAAGACUAUGUCCUCUUGUUGUGGUAGUUUUUCUUCUUUUAAAUAUAGUCUCCUCCUUUACUGUGCUGAUUCCCUUUAUAUAUUUAAAUGUUUCUAUCAUAUCCCCCCUGUCUCGUCUUUCCUCCAAGCUAUACAUGUUAAGAUCCUUUAACCUUUCCUGGUAAGUUUUAUCCCGCAAUCCAUGAACCAGUUUAGUAGCCCUUCUCUGAACCCUCUCUAAGGUAUCAAUAUCCUUCUGAAGAUACGGUCUCCAGCACUGUGUACAAUACUCCAAGUGAGGUCUCACCAGUGUUCUGUACAAUGGCAUGAGCACUUCCCUCAUUCUACUGCUAAUACCUCUCCCUACAUCUCAGCAAUCAAACAGCAACACAACACACACUCCUGCAAACACAGACAUACAAAGACACCUCUGAACUCUAACUCUACAAUUAUUUAGAAACACUCAAACACCAAUACUACACACAAAUGUACGUCUGCAUUUAAAAUCCAACACUACAUUCAAACACACCUCUGCACGCAAAUGCAAACAUUACAUACAAACACAUCCCUGUAUUAAAACGCUAAAUAUUAUAUACAAACACCAACACUACACACAGAAACACACCUGCUCCUAAAUACUAUAAUCUGUUUACUAUCUGUAGAAAUUAGUGUAUAAAUAACAAAAAAAACAAAUUUUGCCAAAAUAGAAAACAUUACACUAUGCUAACGGAAAUGUUUAUGCUAUGGUGUGAAAUGUUUUUUUGGGGGGGAGGGGAGUGUUCCAUGUUGUUGAUACACAUCAAAGGGAUACAUGUCAAAGGGUUCCAUGGGAGAAAUGACUUGGGAACCCCUGCCCUAGACAUUACUGGUAUAGUUCCACUGGUUUGGGGGCACAUGACUCUUAGUAGUGCUUCUGUUGUUUUCACCUUAUAUAUAAACUUACCAUUGAAAAAACAUGUUUUCUAUAACUCUGAAGCAUUCACUUAGCUACGGUGGGUUUUUUUUGGCUGCAACUACAACACUGACUUAUGUUUUUCAGGCUUAAAAAAAAUGAGGAGCAAUAAUACAUCUUUCCAUUCCUUUUUGUUUUUAUGAUACUUGAUUUUUUUUGUGCGGUGAAAAGACAGUCAUAUGUGUACAACAGCAUAUACACGUCAGUCGGAAACAAUUCACAGUAAAAACACAGUAUUGUUGAGGUAUAAUUCGCACACAUUUUUGAUUAUAUUGGGCUGGUAUGUUGUAACGAGAACAUGACUAAAACUUUGGGUGUUUAAGAUACCUGCCUAUGGGAGUUAGUGCAGUUACCAUGGAGCCAUAGGGUGGUUGAGGCAUGUGGCAUCCCUUAUGACUUUUGGCUAUGGGAGUCAAGCCCCGGUCUUUUUGAUUAAGGCUAUUGGUGUGAGGUGCACCUCGUGAUGACCAGGACAAGGGCUGUGUUAGGCUUGUGGUGUGUUGUGGCGUUCCCCCAAGGUGCCAAUUGCAUUAUCUUGGACUGCACCCAUGUUGGCACCCAUCUGAAGCUGCGUGGCUGACGCCUGUAGUGGUAGUGCACUGUGGGCCUGGGGCUAUUUUAUAGUAGUGGUCACAACGAGGUGGUUUUGCGUCUAUGUCGAGUAUGCGCCUAUGUGGGUGGGAGCUAUGGGAGUGUGAGAAAGUCUGGCUGCACAUGUAGGGUAAAGUGUUAGUGGUAGUAGAUGUGACUUAAAGUUCUAAGCCAUGCGAGGUUAUAGAGGCCCCGUGCUGUCAAUACGCAUUUACCCCAGGAAAGGGGGGGGGGGAGGGUUUCACCGGAGCUAGGUGGUGGAACCCUGACAGGCCCCUUUCUCAUCUUAUGGACUGUUUCAUGGGUGUUGUUAAUAAUGAUUAAUGAAAAGUAGCUAACAUAACAAACGUUUACAAAAUAUUAGAGACAUUAACUUAUUAAAGGCCGUAGGCCACGAGCAUCAGUUCAGGUCUUGGUGCCUCUGUGUGUUCUGGGUGCGCCGACUGUCGCUGUAACCGCAUUCCAAGGUUGGUGGCCUUGCUGUGUUGUUGAGGAUGUCUCUAGGUUAAGGAGUCCCAGGGCCCUCUGAGGGGUCCGUGCCUUGUAGUGUUUGCCAUCUUUGGUAACCCAGAGGGUUCCUGGGUUGACCACCUGUAGACUAUGCCUGCUGCUUGGAGUGGUUUAGUGAGUGGCUGCAUAUUUUUGCUCCAUAGUAGUGUGGCCCUACUUAACUCCUGAAAAAAGGAGAGUCGGCAUUCCUCAAACUCAAAAUAAGUCUUUCCUUGUAGUGCUGCCAGGAGUCCCAAUUUGUCUGACAACAAUUGGCACUGCAGUGUGAUGUCAUUAGGUGCUUGCGGGGAUUUAGCAAUUCUAUAAACUACAUUGAAUAGGAAAGUUUUGGCUUGUCUGGCUGAUAGGAGUGCGGUCACAAGGCGCCUGAUGAAGUGUGGUAAUUCUUCCAGUGGCACUGAUUGACGUUUUUGCGACUCCCCCUGUCAUUCAGUAGGUUGACUUGUCUGGACAGGGUCGUUUGUGUAGAGUGUAGGUGUUGCACCUUCUCCUCCAGUGCUUGUAGUCCCUGUUUCAGGCCCUCAACUUCCUUCUCUGUUGCCUGCAUGCGUAUUGUCACUGCUUGCACGUCUACUUUUAGCACUGCCAGAUCUGCCUCUCACAUUUGUCUGAGAUUCUGCUGUAGGCCAGUCAGCAUGGCCUGUAUGUCACUUUUUGAGGCUGAGUUGCUGUCCUUUGCUACCCAUGGGGGUGCGAUUCUUGGGGACUGAGUUGUGGGCUGUCUGGGGUUUUCCCUUUCUCUGAGGGCAGUGGGGAGGUGUAACGAGGAGUCUGGGUCCGCUCUAUCUCUGGUGCCUGCAGCAUUUGGCCGAUGUCGUGCUGCAGCUUUGGGGUGUGUGGGAGCGUUUUUUGAGACCUGCGUCCCAUCUCACCUGUACUCUGUAGGCAGGGGUGCCAAUCUUCCAGGUCAAGUAUGUCCCUCCGCUGUGGCUCGCUGCUGUCCACCCCCGGGUCAGCUGGAUGUUCUGGAUGCAAUGGCAGGGUGUGUGGCCAGAAUUGGUGCUGGAUGCCCCCAAUUUUUUCAGAUUGAGACGGGUGCCGCAGGAGCACUAGGAAUGUGCGUCCACUUCGGUGCGGUGUCAGGCUCCAUCCCCUUCCAUUCCUUUUUUACUUUCUUUUUUUGCCUUUCUAGUUUCUGAUCUAUACCUUACAUGUUGGCAUCUUUAAGAUUCCUGAAGCAGAUUUAUAGAAUUGCUGUAGUGACAUGAAUAAGACCUAUGGAGUUAUCUAUAAAAGGAUGAAAUAGAAUCUUGGAGAUGGUUUAGAAUAGAUUAUGGGUUUGCAGAUUCCCAAUCUGAGGCACACUUCCCAUCUUCUUCAAAAAUCCUGUUUAUACUGUGUCUAUACUUUAUACUUUGUACUGUUAUAUUACUGUUUUUUUUUUGUAUCUGUUUGCUGUAAAUGUGUUUUGUCCUGUGCUCAGGGUCCCAGACCGGCUAAAGGUUUUCUUUUUUCCCCUUGUAAUGUGUGGUCCCCCCACUGGCUUAUUUCACCUUACUUUGGUUCUUGUACUUUCCCUUCUAGAGAACCUGUGUUUUCCCCCCCUUUUUCUUUGUCUUUUCCUGCCUGGGUAUCUCUUCCUUGUUCCUUGCCGGGUCUCAGGUCCGUUUUGGCGCCCUUUUGGUGGUAUUUCGCACCUCCUUUCGGCCCAAUUUGCACCGUUUCAGGACCCAUGUUCGGCAGUUCGUAUGCGAACGUCUGGUAGUCUUAUACGUAUUGAUUUUUAACUUCGCAAACUGUUCAUUCACGGAUUCUUACCUACCUGGGUUUACCUUACUAGGUGCAUUCGGUUCGCGAACGCAUGUUGUUAGAGGAACAAAUUCACCCAUUCGGUAGUUCUUUCAUGCAAAUUUGCAUUUUUUUCCCUGCAAUUUUUCACUGUGCUUCCUUCCGUUUUCUUCCUGCCCCUGCCUCUUUCUGCUUUGUGUCUCUAGUUGCUGGUCUGGGCCCUGAUGAGCUCCCUUCUGUCCCUUCUUCUGGGUUGCUAGUUUGGAUGAUUAACCCUCACUACUUGCACUGCUUUUUCCUGACAGUAUUCACAUUAGCCUAUUGCACUUUUUAGUUUAUUGUGGGUCUUAAAUAUUUGCCUGCCAUGCCUAAGCCUAAGGUGCCUGUAUGCUCCUUACCCCUGGGAAGAUGGAUGCCCCAUCUACUGCUGGCUCCCCUCCCUCGGCGGGGGACCCUGCUCCCUGUUCCCAGGGAGGACGCACAGUCCUUGGCACUCCAAUAGUCUGUGACCGAAGCAAUUAUGACAGCUAUGGGUUCAAUGUCUUCGGCUUUGUAGCAGAGUAUAUCCCAGGCAUUGCUUGCUCUUCCUUUGGGCGCAGAGGCCACGAAUCCUUUGAUACAACGAGAAAGGCUACACGAAAAUCUAGGCAUGUAUCCCCCUCAAAACCAUAAACUUCAAGUCUGGUUGGUGUUUCCACCUCCCAAGCUGUCAGUUUGAGUGCAGCGCUAUACCAGUAUGUGAGGUAGCAUUCCCUCAAAGAAGUGCAUAAAACACUUACCAUCUUUGCAACACAAGAGGUAUACUUAAAGACAAAAGAAAGAUACAAAUAAUAGUGCAAUAUUGUAUAUUGUAGCAGAAAAAUAGUUAUUUGUGAGUUGUGAGUGGAAAUACACUCACGUUUUAUAAAGCCUUUUCCAGAUAUACGGCUAUAUAAACUUCCAGAUUCCUGUGCCUUUAAGGUAGACAACACAACCCCUUUUCUGCAGAAUGAUGUAUACGUUCCUCCCCUUGAUAUAUGCAAUAAACAAAAGUGCAGGGGAAAACAAAAUCUACAGUUGAUACUCAAAAAUUUAGAAUAUCGUGCAAAAGUUCAUUUAUUUCAGUAAUGCAACGUAAAAGGGGAAACUAAUAUAUGAGAUAGACGCAUUACAUGCAAAGCAAGAUAGUUCAAGACGUGAUUUGUCAUAAGUGCGAUGAUUAUGGCUUACAGCUCAUGAAAACCCCAAAUCCACAAUCUCAGUAAAUUAGAAUAUUACAUGCAAUCAAUAAAACAAGGAGUGUACAUAGAACAAUAUCGGACCUCUGAAAAGUAUAAGCAUGCAAAUGGACUCAGUACUUUGUCUGGGCCCCUUUUGCAGCAAUUACUGCCUCAAUGCAGCAUGGCAUGGAAGCUUUCACACUGUGGUACUGCUGAGGUGUUAUGGGAGACCAGGAUGCUUCAAUAGCGGCUUUCAGCUAUUCUGCAUUGUUCGGCCUCAUGUCUCUCAUCUAUCUCUUGGCAAAGCCCCAUAGAUUCUCUAUGGGGUUCAGGUCAGGCGAGUUUGCUGGCCAAUCAAGUGCAGUAAUCCCACGGUCAUUGAACCAGGCUUUGGUGCUUUUGGCAGUGUGGGCAGGUGACAAGUCCUGCUGGAAAAUGAAGUCAGCAUCCCCAUAAAGCUUGUCUGCGGAAGGAAACAUGAAGUGCUCCAAAAUCUCCUGGUAGAUGGCUGCAUUGACCCUGGACUUAAUGAAGCACAUUGGACCAACACUAGCAGAUGACAUGGCUCCCCAAAUCAACACAGACUGUGGAAACUUCACACUGGACUUCAAGCAUCUUGUAGUGUGUGCCUCUCCAUUCUUCCUUCAGAUUCUGGAUCCUUGGUAUCCAAAUGAGAUGCAAAAGUUGCUCUAAUCAGAAAAGAGGACUUUGGACCACUGAGCAACAGACCAGGUCUGUUUUUCUUUAGCCCAGGUAAGACGCUUCUGACGUUGUUUGUUGUUCAGUUUGACAAGAGGAAUACGACAUCUGAAGCCCAUGUCCAGGAUCCGUCUGUGUGUUGUGGCUCUUGAUGCACUGACUCCAGCCUCAGUCCACUCCUUGUGAAAGUCCCCAACACUUUUGAAUGGCCUUUUCCUGACAAUCCUCUCCAGGCUGCGGUCAUCCCUGCUGCUUGUGCACCUUUUUCUUCCACACUUUUCCCUUCCACAUAACUUGCUUUGAUACAGCACUUUGGGAACAUCCAACUUCCUUUGCAAUUACCCUUUGAGGCUUUCCCUCCUUAUGGAGGAUUUCAAUGAUGGUUUUCUGCACAACUGUCAGGUCAGCAGUCUUCCCCAUGAUUGUGAUUACUACUGAACCAGACUGAGAGACCAUUUAAGUGCUCAGAAACCCUUUGCAGGUGUUAUGGCUUACUUAGCUGAUUAGAGUGGGACACUGUCAGCCUAGAAUAUUACACAUAUUCACAAUAUUCUAAUUUACUGAGAUUGUGGAUUUGGGGUUUUCAUGAGCUGUAAGCCAUAAUCAUCGCACUUAUGACAAAUCUUGGCUUGAACUAUAUUGCUUUGCAUGUAAUGCGUCUAUCUCAUAUAUUAGUUUCCCCGUUUACGUUGCAUUACUGAAAUAAAUGAACUUUUGCACGAUAUUCUAAUUUUUCGAGUAUCACCUGUAGGUGCAGUACCUUUGAUAAUUAUUUUGAGUGAUUUUAUACACAAAACUAGGUAAGUGCUCACCUUCUCAAGAGCCUUUUAAUAACUGGCUCUAAGUAUGUAGGCUUGGUGUCAAGUUUGGGGGUGACACUCCCCUUACCGGAAUCACAGUGCAGGAUGUAGAUGAAAGUUGAUGGUAGGUUUAUUAAAGAAUAAUUAAAAUUACUGUAUUAAAAAAUAGCAAUUACAUGAAAUAAUAAAAGCAAAAAGGAUAUUACUAAUAGUCAAUUUAGUAGUCCACUUGUUGCCAAGACACGUUUCGCCGUGUAGAUCGGCUUCCUCAGUCAGCUUCAACUUCAUUCUGCUCGUUCCGGUUUUUGUAUCCCUUACAUUCCAGCCUAAUUUUCGGCUGUCCAAUCCAGAGUUUCAUGUAAUUACUCUGACGUUCAGAGUGGCGUAACGUCAUUUCCGUUUUUGUUUCCCGAAAUUCAAGUCCCGCAAUGCUUUGUGAGUACUAGUAUUUCCAGUAGGUUCCGUGUUAAUAUAUGAUUAGCACGGUUACAAUCCAUUGGUUGGCAUUCCGUGUGUGAAUCUAUAUUUGAUUUACUCAAAACAGAGUGUGAAAAAAGAAACAAAUGUGUAUAAAUAUCAAAUGUACAAAUAAAUAUAUAGUAAGAAAAAUAUAUAUAUGUCCACAUUGUGAUUUAUUUUUACUGAGCUUGCUUAAAUACGUACAUUUUGUUAGAAUAUUAGUGAAAAUGUCCACAGAGAUAGAUAUAUACCUUAUUGUACAUACAGUAUACAUGUGGUAGUAUAUAGAAAUGUGAAAAGAAUAUAUAUAUAUAUAUAUAUAUAUAUAUAUAUAUAUAUAUAUAUAUAUAUAUAUAUAUAUAUAUAUAUAUAUAUAUAUAUAUAUAUAUAACAAACUCUUCAAAAAAACUAUUUUUGGUUCUUAUUAAAAUUCUCUGAAAGGACAAGAUGUAUGUUUUAAUCUUUCCAUAGGAAGUAUAUUCUACAGAGAGUCCUAUUUAUAUUUUGAAAACAGGCAUGUUUAGUAAGCAUAUUUAAAUACCCAGUAUUAAUAGAUAAAAUUAUGCUGAAAAUGCAUAUAUUAAGAAAAUAUUGCUAUUCUUUAGGAGUAGCAAUGGAAACUCCUAUAUAUGUAUAAACUGUUUAAAAAAUAAAAAUAAUAAUACAGUUAGACAAUAAAAAUUUGACUAAAAAUAAUUAUAAGAAAUGGCAUAGCUCAAAGUCCGCACUCAAUCCGGAUGGGGCAAGGGUAUUUGUAGCGGAGCACUAGUUUCCCAUAGAGUUCUCCGCUGGUAUUAGAACAGUGAGGCAGGAACAAGAAGUUAAUCCAGGAUAAACAGCAUCAAUGAUAAUAAAAUAAUCCAGUAAUAUCCCAUCACGAUUCCCAAUAACUGGACGACACACAGUAUCAGGAGCAGAACUGAAGAUUUAUUCUACAUACUCAACUUUUAAGCAUUUCUCCCACACAAGGGAGACACCCACAGUAAUUAGUACAGUAACCAAUCAUUUACACGUUACCUCCCACACAUCUCCUCCCUUCAGCUUAACAGAUAAUUCACUUAUACAGUACAUGGCUUUCCCCUGUUUUUGGAUGUACCCCAAAUAUACCAGAUAGACGCCCUGAUCUGGGUGAACAACAUAUUCAAAAAUCACCCAGAUCAGACCAGGGGUUCGGGAGUUAGGUGGAAGUGUUCAUUUGACCGUGGGGUAAAAGAUACGAAAAUCCUUGCCAUCCACAGCUGUACUGAUGUUCAUAUGAAUCCCCUUGUUCGUAGGGCUGUUCGUGUGUUUGGUUUGGGUAAUUAUGAAACUCUGGAGGUCUUAGCAGUGUUCGCAUAGUCGAGUGUCCGAUUUGAGUUCCAGACACUCGACGACCAAGCACCGUUGGGCAUUCGUAUGGCAAGAUGGCCGCCGCCACGUGUUCGUAUGCCGAACAGCGGUCAUCCAGGGAACACACACAGACCAUUCGUCUAAUUGCUAAUUAGACUGCAGUUACCACCGAUCAGGGAGGUAAACUAGGGGCGCACUUCUCUCUGGGGUGGUCUGAUUGUUCGGUAGUUUGUUCAUAUGACGAACGGAGUGGUUUUACCGAACAAUCAGACGAAUGCUUCAUACAAUACAUGUAUAUAGAAAACAAAUGAAACGAAAAUGACCUUAUAACACCAAUAGUUAAAGACAGCCCAACACAAUCCGCUACAGUAUUCAAGUUAAAAAUCCAUUUUGUUUAAAUUUUACCUAAUUUUCUUAUUUCAUCUUGUCCUUGCCAGUUUAAUGUAACUUUUUGGAUCGCAAAAAAGUCUAAAAAUUGGGGAUCAUUUCCAUGCACUAAUUUAAAAUGUUCAGAGACACUGUGUUUGUCUUAUCCUUUCUUUAUAUUGCGUAUAUGUUCAUUAAUCCUGACUUGUAAGGGACGUUUUGUUCUGCCAACAUAAAAAAGGUUACAUGGACAUUUUAAUAAAUAGAUUACUCUUUUGUAGAAACAUGUAAUCAUAUACUUUAUUUUAUAUUGUUUUUGGCCACUUGGAUCCAGAAACUUUGUUAUGUGUCUCUUAGCGUUUUUUGUGCUCCUACAUGCUAGGCAUUGCCCACAACCAAUAAAGCCCUCUUUUUGGAAGAAUGAAUUUGGUUUCUUCUCUUUUAUAUGGUUGUGGGUUAACUUCUGUCUUAAAUUAGGGGCUCCCCUAUAUAUAAGUCUAGGUUUCUCUGGUAAUAUAGUAUAUAGCAUAGGGUAAUUUCUUAACAUAGGCCAGUAUUUAUUUAUUAUUAUACGUUUUAUUUUCUGACUUUCUUGAUUAAAAUUACAAAUAAAGAGCAAAAUGUUGGUUUCGUUCUUUGUUUUAGAUUUGUAUUUUAAAAGAGAAGAUCUAUCCAUUGCUUCUACUUCUUUUAUAGUAUUUAAAAGUGGAUUCUCCUCAUAUACCUUUUUCAGUAACUUGAUUUUUAAUCCUCAUUGCCUGCGAGUGAAUCCCCCUCUGCCUCCAGAAACACCAUGACUGGCGUACCUCAGGUCGCCCCGAAAGCGUGUCCAAUCCAUGCAAAAGAGCCUUUCCGCGGCAGGCAGAACGGGAGCAGUAGUGGAAAUGUGCAGGAGCACAAACUGAGAGCGACUCCGACUCAGAAAUCGGGUCUAGUAAGGAGGCUGGUGUUGAGUCUGGUAGUGACUCAGAGAAUGGUACCGAGGACAUGGGUCUUGACCUCUUUCCUCUGCCCUGGCAGGGAUGAUGGGAAGCGACCCUACGGCUGAUCUGGGUGAGCCCUUGUUCAACCCGGGUGACCUAUUUCAUCCAAGGUUGGCCGAGUGGCUUCCAGUGGACCAUGUGGCCCGUUACCUGGAAACUUGGUUGCGGCGCCCCCUUAGCAAAGCAGCACGUAACAAGCUUAGAGAUGAGUGCCCUAGACUGGUGGUACCUAACAAGGUGUGUGACACCCCAAACGUUGACCCCAAUAUAACACAGUUCUUGACCAAGCUGUGUUGGAACCCACAUAAGGGCCUUAAUUCAGCACUCAGAUCAUGCCAAUACAAACAUUUUAGAUAUUUUUUGCCCCAUGGCUAAGCUUUUUGAUCUGGCAGAGGACUCCAGGGCCGAUAACAGGUUGGUCGACCCGGAGGAACCCCAUGGUUAGGUCCAAAGGGCCUUUUGUAUUGCUGGCAGCGUGAACGCCUCCCUCUCUAUGGAGCAGGGCAAAGCCAUUUUAUUUAAAAUCGAGCCUAAAUUGGCCAAUCUCGCCCUCACUGGCUGGUAAAGAUACCCAGGGUCUGCUGUUUGGCAAUUCCUUUCUUAAAGAUCAUUUUGUUGGGGCCUUAAAUGCCCUAGAUAAGGCCCAGUCAUCCAUGAGGAGUGAAUUCCAGGGGCAGGUCUCUACCAGGGUCAGCAGAUCUAGGGGCCAAAUUGCCGACCGCAGCUAUUUUAACUCCUGUGGCUCCAUGAAUGGGGCGCCCACUGCGAGGGUGUGUCCACAGGAGGUCGAUGGUCGGAGAGCGAGUCAAGAAUGCACAUCAAUGGCCCGAAACGUAUGGCGGGAUCAUUUGCGAUUCUGAGUUUUGCUAAAUAACGCACAAGACUGUCUUUGGGACCUUGGCAUGGCAUUACUUUCGCAAAUGCAUGUUUUGCAUGAGUAAAUGUUUUCUUAUUAUUUUAUGCAUUAAUUAAGUGCUUGUAAAUUAAUCAGUGAAAAAGAGGUAUUCUCUGUGUAUUUGUUGUUUUUACUCACCUUAUGAGGCCAAAUGUCUGUGCCCAAAUUACACACUGGAUAAUGAAGAACCUCUAAAAUACAUUUAAGAUAGAUGAAUAUCUCACAUGACGUGGCAAGAUUGGAUCAGCACAUUUUUAUCCCAAUUACAACAAAAGAGCUUGUCUUUCUUACAUCUCUUGUAUCUAUAGCCAAUGCACAGAUGGAUAACUGUUUUCUUUAUUGCACCAUACUGGACCAUUGUGAAAUAGAAAAACAUAACAUGGUUUGAUGAUGAGUAAUUUUCAGUCUAUUUUUUUGCAUCCAGUUUUGUUUAGAGAAAGCAAAAUCAUUUCUUCAAUUCACAAUGUCCAACAUUUAGCCAUGGUGACGAUCUGAAUUUGGUAAUAUCAAUCAUCUACAGACAUCAUUACAUCCCUUAAUUGCUUUCAAUAUAAAUGUGUAUAUUUAACUAUGUAUAUAUGAUGUAAAAUAUUUAAAUGAUCUCUUUUAUACACAAAUGUACCUCACUAGUCUUUUGCAAUGACAGGUCUGCAUUGCAUACUGUUGCCUAGUUUGUUAUCUAUAAUUGUUCUCAAGUCUGUUUUCAUUUAAGGUUAUCCCUAACUUAACCCCAUUUAAAGUAUUAAUGGCUUGUGGGUACCUUAGUUAAAAAUGCAUAACUUUACAUUUAUCUUUAUUGACUCUCAUCUGCCAAUUGCCUGCUCAGUCCCCCAACUUAUCCAAAUCCCUCGGUAUAUAUGUUACAUAAAACAGGACAAACACAUAUAGAGCAAGCAAAUCAAAUAGUUAAAAGUGUGUAAAACAUUUGAUGAGGUGUAAGUAAAAUAAGGAGAAAUAACUAGACCAGAAAAUCAGUCUUAGAUAGCCUCUUGACGCUCCCAUUAGCUGUAUAUAGCUGUAUAGCUUGAACUUAAUUUUGUUACGAAGUAUACUUCCCUAUAUAUAGACACAGGGAGAGAUAAUCUUGAAAAGAAUCCUAAAGUAUUAAAAACAGUGGUACACUAUGCUCCAUAGGCUCUUGUGGGUGAAUUCUAUCUGGCCCUGGGGCUUGGUUUACAUUAACUUGCCGUAGCACUUUAUCCUGUGUUAACCAAUCUCCUGUUUGCUGUAAGACUUCCCCGUAUACUGAAGAACAUUUUUUUCUUAGAAUGUCUGCCCUGUCCUGCUCCUUCUUGAUUAACACACCAAUCUCAGAUUCCAAUGGACCAACACUUUUACUCUUAACAUUUUUGGCAUCAAUGUACAUAGAAAGAAAUUUGGAGGUUGGUCUUGCUCUGUUUGGCUAUGAUCUUUUCAUUUUCAAGUUUUACCUAUCUGAUCAUCCUUUUGCAAGCUUAUGUGUGUUAUAGUAUUUGUCACGAUUACUGUUUGACCCAAUACGCAAAACUAUAUCAACUCAAACAACUUAUAUAGCCGGACUGAAUGUAAAAGAGAAUGGUCAAAAUAACAAGCCAUGGUCGGGUAUACAGAAAGAGACAAUACGAAUAAACUAGCCAAUGGUCAGAAUACCAGAAGUAGGGAAAGUCAAAAACAAGCCAAAGUAAAAAAAACUGAAAAUAUAACCAAGAACUCGCUCUCUGACAACCAACAAGUGGAAACCAUGGCAGGGCACUGAGAAAAGGCAUAACAGUGUUUAAAUAUUCUUCUCAGUGCUGUGAUUGGUUAUUACACAGCCUUUGACCCCAAAACAUGCGUGUGCGUCGAUAGCGUGACAUCACACACGCACACCGGUGCCAUCUCUAAUAUGGACAGUGCGCCCUUUAACUUGAAGAAAGGGACCGCAUCGGCCAACGUCCCUUAGAACGCCCCUUAGAACGUCGCACCAGCCAGGACCCGGCACUCGGGCGCAAUCCAGGUAAGCUAUAAUUCCCUUUUACGGCACUACCGCCCUGCUCAUGUGCGGCCGUGCUGAUCAGGGACUUACUUAUCUCUGAAGUAUUGGUCAGGUCGCACUCAUCAGGCGCAACCGCAUCAAUACAGACCCCCUGCGCCGUGACAGUAUUCUAUUGACACCUCUGAGUAUAUAGAAGGUCUGCAGACCAAUGCUAACAUAGGGUUUAUAGUGCAAUAGUAGCAUCUUAGGAAAACAUUUCAGGUGUGAUCCUUUCUUGAUUGAACAUUUUGUAAUGGGAUUGUGACUUGCGGAAUGUACGGUAUAACUCUCUGUCUGUCUAUUUCAGACCCACUGAUUCCUAUUAUUUCAUCUGUGAGUGCCCUAGUGGUACUUAUCUGUGUUCUGAUCAUAGCAUGCUGCAUCAUAAGGAAGCAUAGUAAGUAUUGCUUAGGAAUUCAUUAAAGCAAAAUAAUAUGUUUUGCUUGACCAGUUCUGUGGUGUUCAAGGCAUACCGUAUUUGAUAUUAGAUUUUUGCACAUUUACCAAGUGGUCUAAUCUGAAUGACCUUUACUUUUGCUAAAGCAUCAUGCUAACUAUUCAUCUCUACACUAACACUCAAGCUCAUCUUGACUCUUUUGAUAGUUUUGUGUCUAGCUCAGUGGCUCUUUAAAGGUGUUGACCCAGACUAAAUUUAUACUGCUUUUUUGGUGCUUAUUAGUGAGUUACUUAAAGUGGCACUGCCGUAUUUUUAUUCUUUCAAUGUUCCUUUCAAUAUGUCCCUUUUUUAUAUGUAUUAUCUUCUCUUGUUCUUGUGCUGCAUUCCAAUAUCAAGGCACUGCCAUUUUGUUCUUCUCUGUUCCUAGUGUCUGCCGUUUUCACUUUUGUAAAAUACAUUUGACUGGCAGAUCGUGGAUAACUUAGCUUAGCAACUGAAAUGGAAGUUUGCUUUAGGAAACACUCCAAACCCCUGACAAUGAUGUAAACUUUUUUAGUUGGUAUUGGGACAAAGUGUCCGGGCACCAUCAUACUUUCAGGAGUUAAUCCAUUUUUGAAUCAGACGUUGGAACACAUGAACCUACUGACGCUCACUAAGUCCCCACUGAAAGAAAUAGUAUGUACUAAAAACAAAACUUUUAAAGUAUAAUUUUUAUUUAAGUUGAAAAUUGAAGAGUGCCUUUAAAGAGGAUCUGCAAUAAUGUACAUGAGUGCUUAUUAUUCCAUUUUCAAAUGUGUAUUAUACAUAUUUUUUAACUUGUUUAUUUUUACAGAGAAUUCUAAAAAUAAUACAGAAAAUUGGUAAGUUGGAAAAUAAAUUGCCUUGUUUUGCUCUAUUUCUGAAAGUAAGAAGUAAAUAUAGUUGAACAGCUUAAAAAUGUAUGUUGUAUUAAUGUAGAAAACUAAUAACCAAAACCGAAACAGGUCAUAUGCUGUUUAGAGAUUUCCACCAAUUUCCACCUGAACAAUAAAAUAUUUAAGGAAACAAGGUUUGACCAGGAUGAAUAAUAGAGAAGUAGGUGUUCUUCAGGGCACAGAGUAUGAGUCAAGUCCAGAGUCACAAAAAUAUACACUCAAAAGACAAGGAGCAUGGACAUAAAAUACAUCACCAGCGCUGGAUCCUGAAUUCCGUACAUACAUGUCACUAUCCAUCAAACAGAUUAAAAUCCUCUUUUAUUCAAAAAUAAGGAGGAAGUGCCUUGCGUAGUACAACACGCAUCAGCGUCACCCUUCCUUGUGCCCCUGCACAUUAUGUCCAAAUAUAAUUUUGUUUUUGAAUAAAGGAUGAUUUUAAUCAAUCUGUUUGAUGGAAUAUGUCAUUAAAGUCAUCCGUGCAGGAUCUGACUCUAGUGAUUUGUUGUAUGUCUCGUGAGAUGAGAACCCACCUCUCUGCACUCUCACAUAGAAAGACCAUUUUUUAAAAUACUUUUUAACGCUUUGCCACUGCACUAUGUAAUUUAGCAUGAACAUAAAUAAAAAUAGAGAGAUCUAACAAUAGGACCUGGUGCUGAUAAGAAAUGAAUGUUUGAUUACAACUAAUGGUCUGGAGAUGAAGGCUGACCACUUCUCAGUACAUCACUAUAGGUGAUUCCUAUACUAACCUUAAACGGAAACAUGUGAUUAAAAGUACUAGACAUUAGAAAUUAACUUACCAGCAGUAGACUUAGAAUAGAGUGAUUAAAUAGGGGAUGGGGCUGUUUAUAUACACAUAGGAACACAGGAAAACCACAAGUACUGCAACACAGCAAAAAUUUGGUGCUAGCAGUCGGAGUAAUACCUGAGUUUAACUAGAUCCUGACUGUUUAGUUUAUUCAUAUAUUUUAUAAGAUUAGUUACUGCACUACAAAGAGGUAUUUGUCAUCGAAUCUCAUUCUUGGGGGAGGAUAGAUAUUCUUGUAGCUAUGCUACAUAUUUUUCAAGGAAGUCAGAAAAAAGGAAAAUGUUGGGGAAUGACAGGGGUAGCUAUUUUGGAAUGUAAAAAAUUUAAAUUGCAUAAGAAAGGGAAUAGAAAAGAAAAUAUGGGAAAAGCUCCUAUAAAAUUCAUUCUAAACCAACCCUUGGCUGGCUAUAAAUUCAUGUCAUCUUUUCAUCACUUUGGAUGCUUUAUUUUGGUAACUAUUUAAAUUUCUAAAUUCUAGUGCAUUACCACUUGAUGACAAACCAGCAGAUGUCAUGGAACCAGUGUGUAAGUAACAUCAUCUCUAAUCUAUAAUGUUUGUCACCAAAUGCCAAUUAGUAAUUUGCAAAAAUAUGUAUCACUUGAACAGAAACUAUGAUUUUGCAUUUUUGAGAUAACGUUACAAUUUCUCCUACACUUUGCAUAUGUCACAUAGGUGGAAAUUGAUUAGUCACAUUCUAAUUGAUUAGUCACAUGCCUAACAUUGGAAGUGGGAGAGGGUAAGGGAGGGGGGCUUUGAGAAGUCACCAGUGACACAAUUUGCUUCACUGGUGGCCAUCUAAUAGAAAGCUCAACACUUGAUCAGAGAGUGAAUAUAUGUAAAAGAUUAUUUUUCUUUUCUAAAGGUUAAAGGUUUCGUCUAAGGCAAAGUAAAGGUUUUUUUACUGUAAGAACAAUCCGGAUGUGGAAUUCUCUGCCUGAAGAAGUGGUUUUAUCAGAGUCCAUACAGAUGUUCAAACAGCUACUAGAUGCAUACUUGCAAAAACAGAAUAUUCAAGGAUAUAUUCUUUCAAUGUAGGGUAAUAACUGCUUGAUCCAAGGAUAAAUCUGACUGCCAUUCUGGAGUCAAGAAGGAAUUUUUUUCCUAGCUUGUUGCAAAAUUGUGCUUCACACUGUUUUUUUUUGCCUUCUUUUGGAUCAACAGCAAAAAACAAAUGUGAGGAAGGCUGAACUUGAUGGACACAAGUCUCUUUUCAGCUAUGUAACUAUGUAACUAUGUACAGCCUGGUAAAAUAAAGAUAAAGAUUGGUCCCAAAAGACAAGCACUAUAAUUACAAUAGAAAUUGCCUGAUCCUGGCAGUUAGACACAAUAUUUUGAUUUACAAAUGCAUAAAUCACACCAUUUUGUGGAAGUUUGCAACUAUACGCAAUUUUCAUGAUUUUGUUUUUAUUUUUUGGCAGAUUUCUCUGCGGACGAACAUGGGAAAGAGAGCUAUUUAAAUGUAAGUAAAAUUUACAGGAAUGCAUGGAUCUCAGCUAGUACAAUGGCUGUAGUGUAUCGAUCAGUGAAAGGACUCAUACAUUUACCAUAUGUGUUUAUUUUUAUAUGGCUGUAUCUAAAGACAAUAACAAGUGGCCUUAAUAUAAAUUGUUGUGUUGUAUUAAUAUGUUUUAUUAUUGCACAAUUUUUUAUAAAUCUUACACAGGAGAAAUCAACUUCCCUCACUUCAAAAUGAGCUUUCCCUGCUCAGAAACAACCUUUCAAAGACAUAGAUCUUACAUUGUGCAUCCCAUAGAUGCACAAUGUACACUUAGUCAGAUGUAUAAGAGAAGCCUACUUCAGGGAAUGGGUGCUCUAUUUCUGGGAAUGGAUGACCUUAGCUCUAGUGAGUUUUGCAAAUUCUUCAUGUAUAUGAAAAGCAGUGUGGGUUUAGUAUUUAACCAUAUCUACUGAUCUAUUUCCUUUUCUGAACACAGACAUACAUUUGACAAUGAGUAAACUAGUUUAGAUAGAACGCAAUACAGGACUUUUGAGCUAUUGCUUAAUCUAGCAUUGUAGUUAGCAGUUAAAUAUUUGUGUUAUUACUUUAAUAUGUUUUAUUUAUGUUUAAGGAGUAAGUGUCAAAGUACAGCUGACUUCCUGCACUACAAAUUUCUGUUAUGUUUGUUCCCUCUCUCUUCCCAAACAUACUUAAACUUCCUCUUAUCCACCUUCUCGCACGACCCAAAACUUUUAGUAGAACAGCAAGCAGGACACUCAGAGAUGUUGCAUUUUGUGGCGGCCUCCCCGAUGGGAAGAGGGGUUUCGCUGCCAGAGAUGUUCUUUUCCCCUUAGUGGGAGGGAUGCUGUAGUACAGAGCAGGAACAGCUCUUACAAGAGCUAGUGAUUAAGCACUCCAAGCAGAAGAGAGACAGCCAGUGGCGUACAUACCAGGGUCGCAGGGGUCGCGGCUGCGACCGGGCCCGGCCCACCAGGGGGCCCGGCCGCCCCUGUGACCCGGAAUGUACGCCCAGGGCCAGCCUCUUCCCCUGGGGGGCCCAGGAGCCGACCACCCCAGGGCCCCCCGAGGCUGGCCCUGCUGACCCCAGGCAGGCGGGUGGCCGGUCGGGCAGGCUGGCGCGCGAGGGAGCACUCACUGCUUCCUCUUCAGCUCCCUCGCGCACCGCACUGAUACCAGAGCCGGAAGAUGACGUCAUCUUCCAGCUCCGGCAUCCCUACGCGGCGCGCGAGGGAGCUGAAGAGGAAGCACUGAGUGCUCCCUCGCGCGCCCGCCUGCCCGACCGGCCACCCGCCUGCCUGGGGUCAGCAGCACCACUGGACCCCAGGGAAUCCCCCCAGCACUCCAAAAGGUAAGGAGGCUGGGGGGAUUAAAUUAAAAAAAAUAGUGUUAGUGUUUGUGUGUGAGUGUUAGAGUGAGUGUUAGUGUGUGUGUGAGUGUUAGAGUGAGUGUUAGUGUGUGUGUCUGCUAGUGAAUGUUAGUGUGUGUGAGUGUUAGAGUGAGUGUUAGUGAGUGUGAGUGUUAGUGUGUGUGUCUGCUAGUGAGUGUUAGUGUGUGAGUGUUAGAGUGAGUGUUAGUGUGUGUGUCUGCUAGUGAGUGUUAGUGUGUGUGAGUGUUAGAGUGAGUGUUAGUGUGUGUGAGUGUUAGAGUGAGUGUUAGUGUGUGUGUGUCUGCUAGUGAGUGUUAAUGUGUGAGUGUGUGUGAGUGUUAGUGUGUGUUAGAGUGAGUGUUAGUGUGUGUAUCUGCUAGUGAGUGUUAGUGUGUGUGAGUGUUAGAGUGAGUGUUAGUGUGUGUGUGUUAGUGUGUGUGUCUGCUAGUGAGAGUGUGUGUGAGUGUUAGAGUGAGUGUUAGUGUGUGUGAGUGUUAGUGUGUCUGCUAGUGACUGUUAGUGUGUGUGAGUGUUAGAGUGAGUGUUAGUGUGUCUGCUAGUGAGUGUUAGUGUGAGUGUUAGUGUGUGUGUCAGUGUGAGUGUUAGUGUGUGUGUCUGCUGUGUGUCUGCUAGUGAGUGUUAGUGUGUGUGUCUGCUAGUGAGUGUUAGAGUGAGUGUGAGUGUGUGUGUCUGCUAGUGAGUGUCAGUGAGUGUGUUACUGUGUGUGUCUUACAGAGUGUGUGUGUUAGUGAGUCUGUUUGAUGUCUGUUAGUGAGUGUGUGUUUGUCAAUGAGAGUGUAUGUUUUGUCAGUGAGUGUGUAUGUAUGUCUGUCUAUUUCGGGAAUACAUGAAACAGUCAAAAUACCGAACGUAGGAGUUCGUAUGGGUACUAUGUUUUUGGUUCAGGAGCUUAUUCCUAGCGAACGCCACUCUUUUCAUACGAAUCCAGAUGAAGGUAUGGAAGUCCCAACGGUGUUCACGUUGUCGAGUGUCCGAUUAUAAUUCCAUGCACUCGACGAACAAACACUUCUGUAUGUGUUUGCAGCUAAAUAUGGCGCCGCCACGUGUUCGUAUACCGAACGCCGACCACCCAACAGACUGCUUAGAAUGCUUGUGGUUUUCAAGGUGUUACAGAGGUGAUAGAGGUUAAUGAGGGACACACUCCACACACGGGUGAUCUGGUCGUUCGGUAGUUUGUUCGGUAGGGCAAGAAAUCAGAAAUAAACUAAAUAGAAGGUAAUGUGCCGAACUCAUAAGGGAAUGAAAUGAAGGCUUUACAAUCCAGGGACAUGGUGAUCCGUCACACAUUUAAAAAUAGCAGAAUUGAGACUAAUGACUUAUCUUACAUAACAUUUUUGUUUAAAAGGAAAAUAAAAGGAACAACAAAACAUAAACUCAAAACUGAACUAGAUAUGCUCUCUUUAACCAGCCAUAUGUGAAGGCACAGUAAAUAAGGCCUACAGCUUUGGUACAGUAGAGUUGAAGCAAUACUGGGGGUAACAAAUCUGAAUUGCCCAGUUUCAAGAGGUUUGUAAUAUUAAACUAUAGGGAGUUGGCCUGCUGUUAGCCUAUAUAUAUAUAUAUAUAUAUAUAUAUAUAUAUACCACUCUGUAAAUUUGAAAGUAGAUACAAUUUUAGAUUAAAUAGAGGUAUCCUGUAAGUUAAUAUAAUGUUUCCAAGUAAGAAACAAAUGUUUUUGCCAAUGUGCUUUUGUUUAAUGAGGCUUCUAUCCAAUCCAUGCGGAAUAGGAAGGACAUUUUUUUGCGAAGCAGUUAUAGUGAAGACGUGAAAGGACUGAUCCAGUGGUGUAAUAUAAUUUUACAUGCCACAGUGGAAGUUUAGAAACAUGACUUGACUCUUCCGUUGUUACCCCCAGUGUUUCUAGUAAUAGAAAAAUACUAAAUAAUCUACCCAGUAGUCGAGUUACAUAACUUCUUGUCUCCAGAAUGUCCCAAUCCCCACACAUCCCCAGAAACAGUGAUACACAACGAAGGAUUUUGAAAUGUGGGACUGGUGGAGCAAGAACUUUCCUUGUCAUGUUCCUCCUUUUCUUAUUUACCUCUCUCGGUUGGUGUUCCUCAAGGCUCUGUUCUGAGACCUCUGUUCAAUUUACUUGCCUCUUUUGGUAACCUGAUAUUAUCCUAUGGUUUAUUUUUUUGUCAAUCAAAAUUUUUAUUGAGGCACAUAUUAGAAACAUACGCAGUUGCAUAGCAGUGACAGUAACGAAAUCACGAAUGUAAUGGGUAUGGGUAAUAAGCAUUGUGGUGCUAUUACUAUAAUGUACAACAUGAGGGCAACAUGUCACAAACCAAUCAAGCAUACCUCAUUUUAAGUAAAGAAAAAAAAAAGAUAUAGCUGGCAAGUUACUUGAAUAGUAAAGCAAAACAAUAGAGCAAAACUAAACUUACUUAUAGUAAGAAAGGCAUAGAAAAGAUCACAGGAAGUUAGAGAGCCAUAAGAGAUCAUAAAGGAAAAUGUACAGGACCAAAGCACCUAACUCUACAUUUAUAAUAGGUGUAUUGUAAAUGGUGCAUAAAACUACAAAAGUUCCUAAGUACGAUCAUCCUACAUGCCUCGAUGUGGGCCAAUCCCAUUAGUCCAAUGAGCCUCCUACCCAUGAUGGCUGAUUCUUGAGCCCACAGGUCCUCUGUUGUUUGGGCUUCCGCAUGGACAUUUGGAUGGUGGUAUAGAGAUGUCUGCCAGUUGGUCCCUGGACCGGAAGAAGGACAGGUGGCUGAGUCUGCAUAAUGGGAUACUUGUGCAGCACUGGAGAACUGCUAUAGAUGCUGCUCCAGAAUUCUUGGUAUAUUGCUUUAGACAUUGCAUUGAAAACCUCCUUCCCCUGCUGAAUCUCUGGGCUCAGUCGAUAAUGUAGAGAUUCCAUUGUGGCGGCCAUCUUGGAUGCCCCAGACCCAAAGUUGUUGAGUGCAAUGGCUUUCUGGCCUAGUUCGGACUGGGAUAACCCCGACGGUCUAAAGUAGGGGGUAAGAGUAAUGGGGCUAUGAAUGGUCCACACCAAGAUGUGCACUUGAUCAGGGCCGGUCUUAGGCCUUUAGGCGCCCUAUGUGAAAAAUCUUCACAGCGCUCCCCCAUCAUCCAUGUAUAGUGUGUGUGUAUAGGUGUGUAGUUAUUGUAUAGAGAUUUAUUACAUUAAUAAUGAUUUAAAAACUAUAUUCAUUCCUCCCCUCAUGUUGUUAGCUAGUUGGGAGAGGAGCAUGCUGAACUGAAUCUGGUCUGCCCCUCCGCUGGGUACAGACCAUGUGUAACUGUCUCGCAAGCUCAGGGACUUGCAGUGUCCUGUGGUAAUCUGCAGCGCUCUGAUUAUCCCGAGCUAGGAAGACACCUACUUUUGGUCUGCAGCCAACAGAAGUGCAGGCCAGAAUUGCCAGACUGCCUGCCCUACAUUAUAGAGGAGCAGAUUAAGUAUGUCACAUAAUAGGGAUGUGCAUGGGCAAAAAAAUCAGUUUGGGUUCCUAACCCUAACCCUAUCCCCUAACCCCACUCCUAACCCCUAAAAUAACCCUACCCCUAACCCAACCCUAACCCUAUCCAUACCCCAACACUAACCAUAACCCAACCCUACCCUAACCCAAAGCUAACCUCUACCCCUAAUGCUACCCAACCCUACCCCUAACCUCAACCUUCCUCUACCCCUACCCCUAAACCUAACCCCAACCCUAGUAGGAUUAGGGGUAGGGUUAGAGUAAUAGGUAGGGGUGGGUUUAGGGCUAGGGUUAGAUUUCUGUCAUCAUUCCCUUAAUUUUCCUUCCCUCUCCUCUUUUGCCACUUUUCAGAAAUCCGAAGCACUUCUGAAAUUCAGGACUUCUGCAGUUUGGGGAUUUGCCAAUUCGGGACUUCGGCAAUUCGGUUUGGUUCGGCACUUCCGAAAUUCGGCAAUUUGGAAGCAUCCGAAUGUCCGAAUUGCCGAAAUUCAUCCGAAUUUAAAUUCGGACCGAAAAAAAUUGCACAUGUCUAUCACAUAAUACUGUGAGUGGUUUUGCUUUGGAGCUCUGGAUUAUACUUAUUUACCUUGACCUCUUUGGAAUAAAAAAUUGUAGUAAUGCCCCUACUUCUCCAUUUAUCACAGAGCUCCACAACAAUAAAACUCCCAGAAAUGUGGAGCCCUGUGACAAGAUCAUACACUACACAACAAUACAACUCUAAGUAAUGUGUCUAUUAGUGUAUCACAGAGCUCCUUAACUAUAAAACACAGAGUAAUGUGCAUUUUAUAUACCAGAGCUCCACUGUAAUACACCUCACUAUAAUAUGAUGUAAUGAUUGUGUUGUCUGUGUAUGUGGUAGGCUUGAUGACUGUGUGUGAUAUGUAUGCUAUGUAUUAACUGUGUGUGAUAUUAAUGGGUGUAUUAACUGUGUGUGAUGUGUGUAUUGGUUGUAUGUGAUAUUUGUGCUGGGUUUAUUCACUGUGUGUGAUGGGUAUUUAAUUCAAAUAAAAAUAUGCAUUUAGGCCUAUGUGUGAACACAGGUGUAUAUUUUUGCAGAGUUAUUUGCACACAGUACUACAGUCAGAUGCACACAGUUAUACAUAUACACGGUAAAAUACACCACAUGCACACAGUCGCAGGCAGAUAGUCACAUACCCAGGAUCAGGCAGAAACACACAGGUAAAGGCAGUGACACACAUACACAGUUACAGGCAGAUAAAUACGCUCACACACAAUUACAGGCAGACAGCCACACAUACACACACACACACACAGGCAGACAGCCCCCCACACAAAGCCACACAUACUGUCUUCCACACACACAUACUUACUUACAGACAGUCACACACACACACACACCCACACAUACACACAGGCAGACACACACACACAGGCAGGCAGUCACACACAGACAACCACACAUACACACAGGCAGACAGCCACACACAUACACACACACAUACACACACACACACACACACACACACAGGCAGACAGACACACACACACGCAGCCACACAGACACACGCACAGGCAGACAGUCACACACAGGCAGUCACACACACAGGCAGACAGUCACAUAGACACACACAGGCAGACAGUGAAACACACAGACAGACAGCCACACACACAGGCAGACAAUCACACAUAGUUACCUCUGUUCAUUAUGGAGGAGUGGAGGCAGUUCAGCUCCUGGAGACUGGUUGUUGGGGAAGCAGGGACUCCUUCCUGCUUCCCCUGCAGCAGUUAGCCGGCACUUUUAUCUCUGCCCCCUGUCAUCAGUUUAGCUCUGUCCCCACCACACGGUAAGCUCCACCUCUGCCUCAAUAUUGUUUUUGUUUUGUUUUUUAUAAUCCUGGCUGGCCAUGUGUGAGCUGUAUCGGCUGCAUGGUGCCCCCUGCACAGGACGUCAGUAGACCACAGUGUCGUUCUCAGUUUUUCUCUGCCUGGGCACCUUUAAGAAAGUCAAAUACGAUGUAGCUAAAAGUAAGGGUGGUCCCUGAUUUGAGUGGGAGGUUUAGUGUGGUAUAAGCCUGUGUUUAGCUCAAAUUAGCAAGAGCUAGAAAGAAACAUGUCUGGCUAUCUUAGAUGCCCUCAUGCUGGUGAUAGAGAGAUACUUCACCCCGCCUGAUCUUUCUUGCUUUCUGCUGGAUUGUGUCACUGACUGUCUAUCCUAUAUUUAUGAUUAGAGGAGUUCACAAUUUCUAAAAUUCAACCUCUGCAAGACUGAACUCUUGCCUUUUCUCCCUUUUAUGUUAGGUCUGUCCUUGUUUCCCUUCAGGUCAACAAAGCUAUCAUAUCCUCUACCCCAUUGACACGUAAUCUUGGUGUGCUCUUUGACUCACCCUUUAUAUAAACUCUAUCACCAAAUCCUGUCACUUGGACCUUAAAAACAUUUCUCGCAUUUGCCCCUUUCCAACUCAGGAGCAACGAAAAUGUUUGUCCAUAUUCUAAUUGUUUCCUUCCUUGAUUGUCCUGUAUGUCAAACGGGUUUUGUUAGAAUUAAUUGUUCGUCUUGUUGUACAGUGCUACAUAACAUGUUGACGGUAUAUAAAUAGUUGCAAUUUUAAAAAUGAUAUCCAUUUAGCUGAGCUUCUGUUCUUCAGAUGAAAUGUUAAGGAUACAAACAGAGACGUCAAUAACUCUAGUUCUUCUCUUUUCUUAAAAAUGUAGGCGGAAAAUAUAAGCGAUGACAAAGAUGAGGAUGGGAUAACUUACGCCAUACUGAACACUAAUGCUUUAAAAAAGAAGAAUGUUUCACAAGACGUGCCUGUUGAGGAUGUCAGCGUGUAUGCAUUAGUCAAAACAGGAACUUACAAUUGAUCAAACAGUUCUAUUGUAUUUUUGUGUUUUUGUAGAAUGCCAGGUAAAUUGCUAAACUGUUUUGUAAAUAAAAAGAAGAAGAAGCAGAUGAUUGUGUACUUUAUUGUGAGGAAAUAGUUUCUUGCUUGUAAGCAUCUUUAAUGAAGUAAAGUAAAAUAGUUUUUCAUUUUAUUAUUUAUAGCCAAAUUAAACAAACCACUUAC